CUUAACAAAGAUGGCGGAAGCCAGUUUUACGCUCCGUGACGUAGAAGCGCCCGGGCAUCCAUGCCUCGCAGUGCCCUGGCCGCAGUGUGUAGGCUCACGGUGUCUGCAGUCGGGUUGUAUCCGGUGCUGCCGUUACACUGCCGGCCGGCUGCUGUGACCCCAUGGAUGUCAGUCCGAGGUCUCCAUGCACCCAGGCAGCGUUGUGUUUCCGGGCUGAGGCCGACAGCCGCCCCUCCUCCCGCUGUCAUCUUCCCCCGCCCCUCACGUGUUUGCCGGGUGUCAGUGAGUUGCGCUGCCGGGUGCCGCUCUGUCUGCUCCGGUGUGUGAUUUGCAGCCAUGCUUCUCUCCGCCGUGCUGCACACCUACUCCCUGCGCUACAUGCUGCCGGCCGCUCUCAUGCUGGGCACGGCGCCCACCUACCUGCUGGCAUGGGGCUGCUGGAGGGCCCUGAGCACCAUCCUGCCCCAGAGAGUCUACUGGAGGGUGGACGACCGGCUGUACACCAUGUACCAGAGCAUGGUGCUCUUCUUCUUCCAGCACUACACCGGAGUGCAGGUCAGGGCUCCACGGGAGGCAGGGGGGUGACAGCAGCUCAGACAGGCCCCCAUAGCCCUUUGUAGGGGUCUGGGGUGAUAACCAGGGGCUAUUGCGGUGUCCGAGUCUAGAAUUGGUUCAUUUAUACGGGGGCAGUGAUCAUCAAUAUUGGAUGAAUGGGAUUAUAGCUCAAUAAUUAAUCAUCGGUAAUAUCUAACUUUAUUAACUGUCAUAAUUUUAUUAAAACUCUCAGUGAACUGUAUUAAUAGUUUUUUUGUUUUUUUUUAUGGAGCAGGAAUUGUGAGUGAAUAUUUUACCCCCCUCCCAGUUCACAAAAUGGUCAAAACCUAUGUAAUAUAAGGCUUCCUUUUUUUUUUUUUUUUUCUUGUCCAGUUAAACUUCACUCCAUAAUCCAAACCGUGCCAGUUCCAAUUCAAACUUUUUGUGUCAGUGGUAGAUGGUAAUAGACUACAUUUUGUGCUCGAUAGGAUGUCUUGUAGUUAUACUAUCUUUGUAUAGCAGUUGUCAUAUCCAUGCAUAAUGUUCAUGACCUUGGGCUAUAGCCCAACCCAUUGAUUAUGGAAUCUGAAGGUAUUCUAGAAUCUAGAGUAUCCUUGCUUGCCAAGUAUGAACAUGUGCUUGUGGCCAUCUGUGUAGUGUUUUCCUGGACAUAGAUUUUUUUCUUUAGGCUUUCUGUUUGUCAAGCUAAAUCUUAUUUAAAGAAAUUCCAUGACAUACAAAGGAGUGACUGUAACUGCCAUAUUCAUCAAGGCAAAAGGCGUGCAAUUAUAGGGCUAUUAUACAGAGCAGGAAGAACAUUUGGAACUGUAUUGCAGAUACUGUAUGUGCAAAGUAAAGUAGUACAAAUAAAAUGAAUGAAAUUUGAACAAACAGUGCUGCAAGAUUUUAUCUCAAAAAUACAAGUAAUCCGACCUCUAAAAUUAAUUAUAUGGUGAGACUUAUUUGCUCCACCAACACAAACUUUAAACCUUGUUCACUGGUUACUAAAACAUAUUCUAAAGCUUUUCCGCUUGCAUUAGGGGGUUCCCAAUUUUUAAAAGUGCUAAUUUCAACAGAAAGUGACACUUUUUUAUAAAGUGGAUUACAUCCUCCUAGCUGUUGGGAGAGCCGCCAGAAUGGUGUUCUUCCUGUCUGCUUUGUUCUAAAGCACAUAGAGAAGUUUCUCCUGGAGAAGUCUUGGUGGCAAUGCGUUUCUGUGUGAAACGAUAUCAUUGUGGUGCAUUCACCCAGUGCUUCUACAGACUGGAACAUUGGAUUGGCUGAGAGAUCAUCAGUACUAAUGUGGAGCAAAGCUGCUGCAAGAGUCUGUCUCAUCGUUGGAUUAGGGCUAAGUAACAUUUUAUUGGAGUCGGGUGGAGAGUGCAGUAAUCUAAAGGGGCAAGAACAUUUUCCCAGUGUUACAGGAAAAUGGUAUGCAUCAGAACUAGUGAAGCUCACUGUAGUGGUUAUAGUGCCAGGAGUGUCCUAUCCCCCUCCCAAAGUAGUCAGUCCUUUUUGAGAACAGUUUAAAGGGACACCAUUGUCGCCAAAACAACUUUAGUUUAAUGAAGCAGUUGUGAUGUAUAAAUCAAUCUUCCUGAGCACUUCCUUUAUUGCACAGUCUGUUUGAUUUAGAAUUUAUCUCUUGCACGGUUCAUAGCUUGCUAGACCUUGCUGGAGACACUGUAUGUGAUUACAUUUUUUUCACACAGGCUGUGUCAGUCACAGCCUAUGGACUGAAACAAAAUUUAACUCCUAAAUGGCAGAGAAUUGAGCAAUAAGACUUCAGAGACCUAAUCUAUACACAAAAACUACAUCAUUAAGCUAAACGUUUUUUGGGGACUAUAAUGUACCUUUAAAAACUGUUUGACAAUUUAUUUGAUUGCUGCUGGCUCCCCUGCUCUUGCAAGUAGUUUCUGUUAACUGUACUGAAGUAACCAUCUCUUUGUAGAGCUGCGCAUAUUGGCUAAGUGUGUCAUUUGAGUGCUGUCGGCAAGUGAGCUUAGCUAAGUGGCAUGAGCUUCCAGCAGCAAGAGAGGAGGUGAUGAGGCCUAGGUAAAUUAUCACACUGCUUUUAAUUGGUUUGACUGCUUUGUAAGGGUGCCAGUGCACUUCUGGAACUGCAAGCAUUACAGUGGGCUGUAGUAGUUGACAUUCUGGACACUAACACAAUGAAUUUAAUUUUAUUAAAGGUACACUAUAGCGUUAGGAUUACAAAUGUGUAUUCCUAAAGCUCUAGUGGCCUGUUGGCCAUUUAGGUUCUGGCUCCCACCUGCAAGAAGUAAAAAAGGGUGUUUUACUCGCCUUUUUUCCCUUUCAACACAAGUUUCUGCAGGGAAGCUCUGCCUCAUUGUUUUAGAUCACUGGUCUUGGACAACCUAGUGCUUUCUCGCAGGUAAGCCAUGGGUAUCUUGUGUGCACAAGCAGCGAAAUGAAGCACUUAUAACUGUCUGAGUGACCGUUACAAGAGGCAAUCAAAACAUUGCUGUUCUGAUAUUUUUUUUACUUGCUGGGAUUUUUUAUAUAUGUGUGUAUAUGUGUGUGUGUGUGUGUGUGUGUGUGUAUGUAUGUGUAUAUAUAUAUUUGGUUUGUGUAAAAUGUUUUUUUAACCCACUAGCGACCACAUGAUGGUCAUGCAGUGCAGGACCUUAACACCUGUUGACAGCUUAGACUGUUAUGCAUUAAAAGUUCCUGCAGGCUUAAAUAAAUGUUGCUACUAUGGAGCCUUAGGUAUCAUUUGGAUUACUGAGGGUCCCCUCUGUCAAUUACUGGCUCCAGAUUGACAGAUGAGCUAUGUGCACUGCUCAAAGUGAGGACUGCGCACAGCCCUUCAAAACAGUGUGGCUGAGUGAUCUUGCUCAUCCGUGGUGAUUCUCAGUCUGACCCUAUGAUGAGAGAGACUCCAGGUUCUGAAAAGACGCAGCAAUCACACAGUACAGAGGGCUCACAGCACACUAUGUACUGUUGAGAAAUCUCUAUUGAGUUAAGUACUGAUGCAAAUAUGGAAAUCAGCAGAGGGAAUUCCUCUAAAGUGGGAUUAGGGUUAGGAUUUGGAUUAUGGGUAGGAUUAGAGAAAAAAGCUAUACAUGUGGGGUAUUAUUGUACAAGUGGUUUGGGAUUCUGUGGCUACUAUAAGUUAUCUUAGCAUGUAAAAGUUUGCAAAUGGUUUCCUUUAAUCAAUAAUUCACUCCUUGAAAUAUUAUUCUAGACAUAUUAGGCAUUUUAACAAUCAGGACUGAUUAUUGGAUCUAUUUUACAUUCUUCUUUAGUAGUACCUGUGCAGAACAUAUUUAAAGGGACACUAUAGUCACCCAGACCACUUCGGCUCAGUGAAGUGGUCUGAGGGUAGAGGCUCUGUCCUUUUUACUCUGUAAGUUAAGACACUGCAGUUUUUGGGUUUUUUGGGGGUUUUUUUGAACUCCUCCUUUACAUUAGGAAAUUAGAAAAUUUUAGAACACAUAGGGGGGCUAAUUUGCUUAAGACUGAAUUGUAGAGAAUUGAAAACAAGAUUGCAAAAAUAAUCCAGCUGUGACUGUAGCAGAGUUAAUUCUCUUCUACCCCCUCCCCCACUCGAUCAGCUGUUUGCAAGUUAGUUUUUAAUUUUAUUAAGUGAAUAAAACCUAAAAUGUCCCCGUCUUUGCUUUUCAGCACUUUUCUAAUUUGCAUUGAAGUUUGCUUGCAUCCUGAAGGUAAAUCCUGAACAUUCAACAAAUAACACCAGAUAGUCACGUGUGUACCUAGAUUUGAAAUUGUUAUGCGGUCAAAAUUAACAGGUUCCUGGAAUUAUACAUUUUCACAUGACCGUUACAGCAAAAUUUACUAAACCCUGUUCCAUAUAAAUGUUUACUGUGACUAUUAAAAUUAGUCUUUUUUUUUUUUUUUCUGAAAAGAACAUUUUAAUGACAGUGUCACUUUAAAGUGCAAAAGUGCUCAUUUUAAAUGCUAACAAUUUUACAGGCCCUCCUGUAAAAGCUUGAAAAGCUACAAAACUCAAAUUAAUACCAGCAACAGCAUAUACUCCGUGCAGCAGCCCAGUUCUCCCACAAUUAACUUCUCCUUUAUGAUCUUUGAUUCAGUCAGGUGCUUCUCAUAGAAGCAUAAUCUGCUUGUACGGAUAUAUAAUGCUUCUCUGUGAGCAGCAUGAGUUGUGUGUGAUGACUCUGAAUGGGGGGUCUUAAAGAAACAAUGCCUCUAGUGCCUGUCAGUCUUCCAGCCACCCAGUGUGUGUUUUCUGAUAAAUGUAAACAUUGCUGUUUCUCAAAAACAUUGUUUAUUGUGGGUUUUUUUUUCUAUAUUGUCCCAGUAAAGAGACAGGAUCUGUGCACCUAAACCAAUAUUAAAGCAACACUGCAAGCACAAUGACUUCAACAGAAAAAAUAAUUUUUAAUUUUUUUAUAUCACAUGUUAUUUAAAUUAAUGGAUAAGCAAUACGUUAGCAAGAAAGGGUUUGAAAAGGCAGCCAACACUAGUGAUAAAAGAGGAACUCCCUUUUCUUCCCCAAGAUAUACCUAAACACACCAGUUGUGCCAAAUACCAUAUAAAAGCUCAUACAGUCCACAAUAUUCGUGUGUUCCAAAUUCCAGUAACUUGGGGCUUGGCUCCACAGGCACAUAAAACAAAAGUGGAGAUUGAGUGCAAAGGGGUGAUAAUAAAAGCGUGCUUGAAGAAUGCUCACUCACAUUUGUUAGAUGGAUAUCAUACAUAUCCUAAAAAGGAAAAUAGUGUAAUAAUACUGGAACUUUUUUUUUUGUAUAAAAUAUAUAAAAAGUGAAAAAACACUCACAAUAAAAGAGCAUGUAACCCAAGUGUUUCAGGCGUCUGGUGGUAUGAUCCCCACCAAGUGGAUAUAUGUAGACAAGUAGGCUUCUUAAUCUCGAAAUAUGUGUAAUUAAAAAGAAAGCAACACGGUGUACUCCAUGAAAACUUAAAACCUUGAGAGGUGAAAUUUUACUCCCAAAAGAAAAAAAAGUAUCCUCUGCUCAGGAUGACCAGCGCUGGUGGAGGAAUUGAUGAUUCUCAACCCUGAAGUAGUGUCUUUUCAAAGUGUCAGGACCGGAAGGAAUGCUUAAAUCAUAAAGUCAUAUAUUUGCAAGUAUAUGGCCAAACCCAGUGAUAAAGUUUAGCCAAAAUUACUUUAUUAGAUUUCGUUAAAAACAAAUGUAAAAAAAAUUAAAAUAUACACAGCAACAGGUUUCACCAGCAAUGGCUUUAACAACAUUCUGCACUAUAUUUUAUCACUUGUUUAUCUGUGCCUGUGGACCUUGCUCCAUCUUACUGGAAGACGAGAAUUUUGUGGAUUCUAUAAGUUGGACUAUUACUUCUUUUAUAUAAUAUUUGGCAAUACUUGUGUGUUUUUGCUGUUGUGUUUACCAUGACUUCUAAAGCCUGAUUGGUUAUGAUGCCAUUAUGGCCCUGGCACCAAGGUAAGUAAAACCAUUUGCAAGUGGUUUGACAGUUUAGCUGGGGUCUGCUGUUUACUGUAGUGGUUAGAAUGUUCUUACAUGCUUAAUAAUUUGGUGUUUGGCAUCCCUUUAAGAAUAGAUUGAUGGGACAACCUGUGUUUAGACCACAUUAUCCCAGUUUGCACAGUAAAAUAAAUGUUGGCCACAAAGAGUUCUGGUGAGAGUUACUCCAAGACCAUGACCACUUCUGUUAUUUGAAGUUUGUAUAUGCAACAUUUUGCUGUGAAAUACUCCACAUAAGGAGUUUAACCCAUUUGCUACCAGGGGUGUAACUAAACCUCAGGCAAUGUCUUUAGCCGGGCCAGAACAAGAAUUCUGGGCUGGCUAAUGUAAAUUCUGUAUAUACAGUGGGACCUCGGUUUACAAAUGCCUCGGUUAACAUAAUUUUCGGUUUACAAAUAGAAAUCCAUUGAAAAUAAUGUCUCGGUUUACAAAAUUUUUUCGCAAUAUUCUGACAUCCAGAACGGAUUAAUUGGUUUUCAAUGCAUUCCUAAUGGAAACCGCGUUUCGGUUUACAAAUUUUUCGCAAUAAGAAACGUCCCGGAGAACGCAUUAAAUUCGUAUAUCGAGGUCCCACUGUAUUUGUAUGCACAAAGGGUGAUUAAUUGGCAGUGAGUGAUCAGCUGACGCUCUGAGCCAAUGAAUGGCCAAUGAGCUUAGCCUCUGCAUCUGUGCAAAAGCUGGAUGCACUUCUCCCGGCAGUAAGAAGCCUCAUUGCCUAACGGGAUCCAUGUAAGACAGGGCUUGACAAAUAUGCUUUGAAACAAGGAGCCAGCUAAAAAAAAAAUUAGGAGCCAUGUUUUUAUUUUCUUUUUUCUUUUAAACGUACACAGCAUUAUUUUCAAUGAAAAAAGGCAAUUCUUAAAGAGCCGCUGUAGACACCAGAACCACUACAUUUUAAUGUAGUGGUUCUGAUGUCUAUAGCCUGUCCCAGCAGGCUUUUCAAAGUGAACACUGACAGCCAACUAGUGAUACCUCUAGCGGCAGCCACUCAAACAUCCACUAAAGUGCUUCCUAUCUCAGUGCUGCACAGUAUGCAACACUUACAUUCAGCACCUCUACACCCUGCAUGGAGGCGCUGAAAGUUCCCCAUAGAGAUGCCAUGAUUCAAUGCAUCUUUAUGAGGAGAUGCUGAUUGGCAAAGCGUUUUUGCAGCAUGUGUGCAAUAAUUUCUCAGUGCUUUCCAACCAGCCGCGGGGAGACCGGUACGUGGUCGGGGGGGGUCACCUAAACACAUACACUGACAGAUGCACACAUACAGACACAUGUACUGACAGACAUUUGUUUUAAUGCAAUUAUAUUAAACAGUGAAGGCAGGUGGCUGGCUGCGCAUAUUGUGGAGCUAUGAUCUCCCUGCUCUGCUUCCUCGCGCGCUGCUUAGUAAUUCCGGCAUAACUAAGCGGCUCGCGAGGGAGAUCGUCAGUAGGCCGACAGCAAGGGAGCUAUGAUUUCCCUGCUCUUUUCCCUCGCGCGGCGUUUAGUGAUGCCGUAAUAAGUUGUUCCGGAAUUACGAAGCGAAACACGAGGGAGAAGAGUAUGGAGAUCACAUCUCCCUCACCGUCGGCCUACAGAACGUGCAGCCGACCGGCCACCUCAGAGUGCCAGGACUAAAUUCUGGGAUUUGUUGAGCCCUGAUAUAAGAUGGCAAACCGUUGCAAGUUAGGCUGCAGUGGUUAUGAUGGUUGGUGUAACCUUUUAAGACUACAAAACGUCUGGUCAGCAUGUACACUCUCCAUAAGAUCUAAUGCAAGUAUAUCAAAGACUAUUGUUUUGUUUUGUUUUAAUGAAUGACUGUAUCAGUAUUAGCCCUGGUCAGCAUCAUUGUUUAAAACCUAGAUAGUAUGAAAAAUAAAUAAAAAUGCAGUUUAAUAAUAUAAACACAAAUGGAACAAGCAGAAAGCACAUUUAUCUUGUUCAAGGACAUAUACUGAAUAUAUAAUGAAUAAUAGCUGCUAUAAAAUCAAAGAUAACAUUUUCUGUACCUUCUGAGCAUUGUGUAGACCACUUUAUCUUCCUCAUGAUCAUUUUUUCAAUAUAUUCAUUAAAAUAACUUUUAACCGUUUAUUUUGACAUCACAUUUGCUAUUCUUUUGCCAGUUCUCCACAAUCCCCCGGUUUAGUGAACACCCUAGUUCACGAUUUGUAUUUUUAAUUUUUUUAAACUCAUUUGGAAAGUGUAAAAGCUUCUUAAAUUCCUUAGUGUAUCAAGUGGUUUACAAGACUAUUAGAAACCUAUGUGUUCUAUAAAAAAAAAAAAAAAUGUAUUUGUCAAUAUGUGUGUUAAAAUUGUCAGGAUUAGUAAAAAAAUUUUUGUGGGGUAGGGAUAGAAAUGCUACUCACAUCCUUUGGUAUUUUUAUACCAAUGAAGGCUCCUCAAAUAAUGUUUUUCAUCUAGCUAUUUGUAGUAUGAUUAGCAAUGCUAUCAGCAGACAUUAUCAGAGGGGAAAAUGUCAACUGAUAUUUGUAUAAAGACACACCUGUUACAGUGUAUAUACUUUUUAGGAAAGGCAUUUCUUUUAAACGUAAUCAAAGUGUUAGAAGUAAGCAAAUCAUAUGUGGACAAGGGUCUCUCUCUCCCUCCUGUGUUUAUUUCUCUGACAGCCAAACUUGCUUAAAAGAACACAUCACUGCCAAAAUGGGCAAAAAGAAAUCACUGUUCUAUAGAUAUUCCCUCUAUGAAUACAUGCAUGUAUUCAUUGGGGGUAUAUCUUAAAAGAGCUUGCAAAGUCUGAUGAUCUUAUGACCUGCAGCCUUCGCAAGCCCUCCCUUUUUUCCCCGAAGAGACUCUCAGUCUCUUCAUGGAGAAACAACCAGAGUUUUAUCAUCGAAAAGCCUCUGAAUGGAUGCAUGCGCACUCUUGAUCUGAGGCAUGUGUGGGAGGAGGCAGGCACACUCAAGUAGAGGGGGAGGUAACGGAAGGAGGCUGCAAACCUACCUGGCUGUUUGAUAGACCGUCAUGGGGAUGCUUCCUAGUUAAUUUAGAAAAGUGUGUUUUUCUCAUAGAAGUCUGCACUUUUAUAAACUGGAGUUAAAUUAGGCGGCUACUCAACAUAAAACACUUCAGCAUGCUGAAUUGCUUUUGGGGUGUGGAGUGGUCCUUUAAACCUGUUAUUAAUAACCUUGGUAUUAAAAAAAUCUUACUAGAUUUUUGUUAGUUCGCUGGUACUGAAGUAGAUGUUUUGGAUUUCCCAGUGGGAAUAAUCCAGCAUUAAUAAUUAUUCAGUCAACCUUGAGUUAUGCGAUUAGAGUAGAUUAAAGCAAAGGUGGACUUAUACAUGAAGUGGCCAUAUUGUGCGACUCUACCUCAAUAUACAUUUGCUAAAAUAGAAGCCGUUUAGUAGCCUUUAUAAGAUUUAAAAUUACUUUUUGUGUGCGCACUUUUCCCUUAAUGUGUAUUUUGCUAUUUAUAGCAGAACUACUAUUAAGAAAUGUGUGUCCCCUAUUCCCUUGGUUUUCUGUGUAGAUUUAGAAUCCAGACCAUAGUCCUUUUUGUUGAGCAUCCCAUACCUCCACUCCAAGUGUCUUUUAAAAGUAAUCAACGGCAAAAUAUAUAUUUGAGCACCAGUACAACUUUAGCUUAAUUAAAAUGUUAGUUCAGCCAUCAUAACCACUGAAGCCCACUGUAGUGGAUGUGAGAAGUACCCUGAUCUGGUUCCUGGUAAUGGGGCAACCUGUUUUGCAAUGGUUUGUACUCUUAUUGGGUCCUUUCGUGUAUACAAAGCAGUAUAGAUAUACUAAAUAGUCAAACAAAAAUGUAGAUGUGAAACUUAGCUGGACCAAAAAGCUCUUGUGAGUUCUGUGUCCACAAUGUAAUAAAAUACAAUUCAUAUCAAAAUCCGAUAUUUGAGGAAGACAGCAUGAAGAAAAUCAAUCAAUAAAAUUCAAAUACCCUUAUUUUUUUUUCAUAUAGAUAUAAAAAUCCAGACUGGGACACAGCAAGGGAAAACACCUAAACACACUGUCACGGCAAGGGUGCAUAAUUUAUUAUUACACUAUGGAAUAUUGUCCUUUAAUGUAAUUUGUGUAGUAAAUGGCAUAGAUGGUAUUGUUGAGGGUAAAAGGGGUUACAUCUUUUGAAGCUAGGACCCCCACAGAGGUCAGAUUACAGAAGGGGUAGUAUGAAUGGCAUAGCAAUGUGAAAAGGAUUUUACCAUAUGGAUGUGAAGUAAUCAAGGCCCUGCAAGGUGUGAGGUUCUACACUUGGAAAAAGUCUGAAUGUCUCUUCAGCCAUUUGGCAUGUACCUUGUAAGUGAUGAGUUAAUUUAUUUUGAUAUGUAAAUGCCAUUAGCCUUGUUCCAGUAUCAUAUCCAAAGGAAGGACAAAAACAUUCAUAUUUACCGCACAAAAUAAUAAUAAAGCCUCAUUUUUGUUAUAUUUUGAAUGAGACAAUUGCCAUCUUCUAACCAAGUGCAAACAUGAGUGGCCUAACUUGACCAUAGGGGAAGGAAUUGUGGUGUCCAUCCUAUCGGAUCGCAAGGCCGGCAUGCAACAUAUGUAUAGAAUGGGAAAAUAAUAACCAAUUCAUAGAGGCAAUUAUUAUUUCCGUAGCGGGUACAUAAGAGAAGCUGGAGCCAAAUGUUUCCAUUUGGAUUGAUGUUGGUCUGGAACAAAGGAGGUGGUCACUUAUUUCUGUAGGUACCCCUUAACUCCACCACUGGGCAAGACUUGAUAAUCCACAGGGUAUAUAUGCAAUGAUUUGGAGGGGUGUGAGUGUACUUGCUUAGGGCUAAAGAUCUAAUUUUGAGUGAGUCACCAUCAUCCUUCCUUGCCAGAGACCCCCUGGGCAGAAGUUGUACUUUGAAAACCUAAAACUUCUGUAUUUUAUCCUUUUUUGUUUUUAUCUGUUGUUGGUAAAUAAUUUAUCAUUUAUUCUUAUAUGCACUGUGACUAUUUUUUGCUCAUAAUAAACAUUCAUUUAUUAAGUUCUGCCUUUGUCUGGUUAAGAAUCAUGUUACCUGAAGAGACUAAUUAGUAUUUCUUAAAUAUUGUGCUAAGUAAUAUUUGGUAGGUUUUAUUAUUGAUUUACCUUGGGGACCAAGGCACCCCAUUUAUAAAUUGUCUUGGUGGUGGCAGCGUUAAAAUAGUAAUAGUUUUAUUAUUAUGUUUAAGUGUGAGUGGUGUUAAAAGGGGGAUUUUGUCAUUAUUUCUGGUCUAGUGCAGACAAAUCGUGAACUUUCACCACCACAACUACGUCACGCACACUCUUGAAGUAGGGUGCAUUGAUGACACUCAAGGCUUAUGAUGAACUUCUGGGCACGAAAUGUGUAAAACUUUGUUUUUUUGUUUUUGUUUUUUAAAUCUAUACAAAGAAAUAAAGGUAUUUGGAUUUUAUUGCAUACUGAUGGCCUUGGCCACAAAUGUGUUGUAUCUCAAAAGAGAUUUUGUCCUUGAGGGGUUAACAUAGCCUAAAUGUUUUGCUUCCCUUAUUUCUCAGUUUGUUUUCUAAUUUAGGAUUUCUUAAAGGGACAGUCUAAGCACCAGAACCACAACUUAAUGUUAAAGGGACACUAUAGUCACCAGAACAACCACAGCUUAUUGAAUUUCUUCUGGCGAGUAUAAUAGCUCCCUUCAGGCAUUUUCAUGUAAACACUACAUUUUCAAAGAAAAGGCAAUGUUUACAUUGCCUCUAGGGACACCUCCAAGUAGCCACUCCCUAGAUGGCCACUGGAGGGGCUUCCGGGCUCAGGGCUGCACAGUAAGCAGCUCUGCAUGGAGAUGCUGAAUUUUCCUAAUAAAGAUGCAUUGAUUUAAUGCAUCUCUAUGAGGAGGUGCUGAUUGGCCAAAACAGUGUUUGGCACUGCCCCCUUGCGAAUUUUAGCCAAUCCAAUGCUUUCCCUAUGGGAAAGCAUUGGAUUGGCUAAAAAUCGGCCAUUUUGAUUGUCACCAAGGAGGCAGGGCCAGCGCCGGCGGACCCCCGGAGAGCUGAAAAUAAGGUGAGCUUUAACCCAUUCUGAGGGAACUAAGGGGGGGCAAGCCACCUAAAUGGUGGGUUUUCACUCUAGGGUCAGAAAAACAUGUUUGUGUUCCUGACCCUAUAGUGAUCCUUCAAUAUUUAAACAUAGAAUGUGACAGCAGAUAAGAACCAUUCGGCCCAUCUAGUCUGCCCAAUUUUCUAAAUACUUUCAUUAGUCCCUGGCCUUAUCUUAUAGUUAGGAUAUCCAUAUGCCUAUCCCACGCAUGCUUAAACUCCUUUACUGUGUUAACCUCUACCACUUCAGCUGGAAGGCUAUUCCAUGCAUCCACUACCCUCUCAGUAAAAUAAUACUUCCCGAUAUUAUUUUUAAACCUUUGCCCCUCUAAUUUAAGACUACGUCCUCCUAGUUGUGGUAGUUUUUCUUAUUUUAAAUAUAGUCUCCUCCUUUACUGUGUUGAUUCCCUUUAUGUAUUUAAAUGUUUCUAUCAUAUCCCCCCUGUCUUGUCGUUCCUCCAAGCUAUACAUGUUAAAAUCCUUUUAUCCUUUCCUUGUAAGUUUUAUCCUGCAAUCCAUGAACAAGCUUAAUAGCCUUUCUCUGAACUCUCUCCAAAGUAUCAAUAUCCUUCUGGAGAUACGGUCUCCAGUACUGCGUACAAUACUCCAAGUGAGGUGUAACCAGUGUUCUGUACAAUGGCAUCAGCACUUCCCUCGUUCUACUGCUAAUACCUCUCCCUAAACAACCAAGCAUUCUGCUAGCAUUUACUGCUGCUCUUUUACAUUGUCUGCCCACCUUUAAGUCAUCAGAAAUAAUCACCCAUAAAUCCCUUUCCUCAGAUGUUGAGGUUAGGACUCUAUCUAAUAUUCUGUACUCUUCCCUUGGGUUUUUACGUCCAAGAUGUAUUAUCUUGCACUUAUCCACAUUAAAUGUCAGUUGCCACAACUCUGACCAUUUUUCUAGUUUACCUAAAUCAUUUGCCAGUUGGCUUAUCCCUCCCGGAACAUCAACCCUGUUGCAUAUCUUCGUAUCAUCAGCAAAAAGACAUACCUUACCAUCAAGACCUUCUGCAAUAUCACUAAUAAAAAUAUUAAAGAGAAUGGGUCCAAGUAAAGAUCCCUGAGGUACCCCACUGUUGACAAGCUGAUGCUUCGAAUAUACUCCAUCAGCAGAGGAAUUUUCAAGCUCACAAUAUGUUGCAGUAGAAGAAACGUGUUUAGAAAAUGUCCAGCACUAGCAAAGAAUAAAGUGUUGGGCAAAAAGAGUGUGGAUUUCCAUUAGCUAUAAGCCGCAGAUGCCAGUUCUACUGCUAAUGAAAGGUACAUUUUAAGAAUUACAAAAUAUUUGUGAAAAUAUGUAGUAAAUUUUUUUUCUUUUAAAGGGACACUUCUUUUUUGGGAAGCAUUGCAUUUUAUCUUCUUUAUUUUUUUUAGAUGUAUAAUGUAUUCAAAAAAUUACGCAAUAAAAAUAGAAAGUUGCUUACAUUUAACAGCAGUAUGAUUUGCCAAGAACAGGAAGUCACUCCGCUAAUCAUGAUGCUCACUUCACAGUGUACGCUAAGCACUGUUACUCCGUUUCUACUGCUGUGGACUCGCUUGUGAGAACUUGGACUUACCCAUGAGCAUUUGUCUGCAUAGAGGACAUUGUUAUUCCAUAAAUAAACAUUUUGACGUUCUAGAAGACUGAUGUAGGAAUGAAGGUCACUCAGUAAUUCUAGUUGGGCAAAGUAGAAUGUGUAAACAAACUCUCACGACAAGGUCCUCUUUCCUAUUACUUCUUUAAUCAUUGCCACAAACUCUAAUUUAUACUUUAUUUAUAAACUAUUUUCUCCUGCCCGUAUAUAAAUAUGUACAUCUCUAGAGCAUUGAUUGUACUAACAGACUAAAUGCCUGUGUUCCUGGAGGCACGGCUGAGAUUAUUUUAUUUAUUUGGUGUUUUCGAGAUUAUUUAUGAUCAUAGCAAUUGUAAGUAGGACAUUUUACACCCCUAAAAACCAAACUUCUAUUUUGCUGAAAGGUUUUUAGAGCAAAACCUUUUGUCUAUUGAUUUUCUUUGUAAAUCUUUGAUCCUACUAAUUGUUUUUAUUUAAUAGAUUAAUUGAGAACUGUGGUCUCCAUAUAUUUUUAUGUCAAGCAAAAAAACAUAAAAACACAUUUCCUGCUGCUCAUUUUCAUGCAAUAGUGCUAGUCCCCAUCUGUGCUUAUCUUGGCGUUUCCUCUUAACAGCUAUUUUUUGGUGGCCCCUCAGGCUUCCUUAUGACCGGAUGGAAUGUUGUAUUAUGUGCUAAAGCUGCAGGCUUCAGAAUGUGACAUUCAAGCAUAGGAGAAUGACUCCAAGGUCACUGGCCAAGGCACCUUGCACUUAUCUCCCCUCAUCAACCCACCUAACUUCAAAAAGGUGCAUUAUGAGUGCUGUAAAUACAACAGUCUGUAGGCAGGUGUUUACUCUGCCGGAUGGGAAAUCCAUCACUGUCUAACCAGCAGAUUUGGCAGUGGCUGUUGACGUAAUGACUGAAUGAAAAGUAGCAAAAUUCCCUAUGGGGUUUUAAUUAUGAUAAAAAUACUUUUUUAGGUGGUGACUUUGGGUUCUGUGACUGCAAUUAAAGUUACAAGCUGAACAGAUCAUAUUUUGUAAAGUUUUAUCUUUAAAUCAACACUAUAGCGUUAGGGAUACAAACUUGCAUUCCUAACGGUAUAGGCUUCCUGUCCCUAGUUAGAUGCCGGGAUUCCAGUAUGUGCAGUGUAACAUUUAAAAAUAAUAAUAAUAAUAAUUUGCUUACUUUUUGAGAAAGGAGGGCAUAUAUAUUCAGUGACAAUCCAUUGUGAGCAAGAUGUCUAGGUAUUUAAACCUGAGAAAAUACUAGUUAUUGGUUGUAUAGUAUUUUUCUCUAAAAUUAAAUUGAAAAUCUUCUUUUGUAUAUAAUUAAAAUUAGGGAUAGACUAAUAAUCGGUUAGGCCGAUAUUCCAGAUUUUGGCAAAUAUCGCUGUCGGCCACUAUUGAUACCGAUAUUGCAGAUAAUGUGAGGACUGGUGUCCAUAACGCGGCAUAGGCAGCCGUCUUAGGGAGCAUUGGCUCUGGGGGUGCAAGAAUCGAGUGAGUCGAAGGAAGAGCAGAGCGCUCCUCCACUCCACAAGUCACUCACGUGGAGCAGAGCGGACCGCGGUACAGGAGCUUCAGUUUCCUGUACCCGGCUGGACUGACCAGAAGUGCUCACUGAGAGAGCACAUCCUGUCAGACAGGCCGGGUACAGGAAACUGAAGCCCCUGUAGCGUGGCCGAGUUCUGCGGACCGCGGUACAAGAGAGAAAAUUAGGCACACCAGUGAGGGGUGGAGAGAGAGACACACCCACUCACUCGAGGGACGGGGAUGGAAAGUGAGAAGAACACUAAAUAUUCUUAAAAAUAAAAUAAUCUGACUGGCAUGUAUAUUUUGUGCAUUAACCACUUUAAAAAAAUAUAUAUAAAAUGCUCAGUCAACAGUGGGAUUGUGUAGAAAUUGUUACUUUUUUCAAAACGGUAAAUGUACAGAAUAUUGGUAUUUGUAAGUUAUCGGCCUAAAAGUUCACAGAUUAUCUGUAUUGGUAUCGGCUCUAAAAAAAUAGAAAAUCUAUAUCGGUCGAUCCCUAGUUAAAAAACAAGAUUAGGUAUUUAUCAUUUCCUACUUACUGUACUAUUUGCAGUGACUGACUUAAAGAGGCAUUUUGUCAGUGUGGGUAUGUGUUCAAUGGGAGAAACAAAAAUUGCCUUGUUUUCCACUGGCUUACUUAUAUCAGAUUCCGAUAUAACGUCUUCCUAAGUAUAAAGGAUUCACUAUACAUUCUGCUUUCUUAUACUGAUUAUUAUAUAUAUGGUUUGUUUUUAUUUUAGAUAAUCAUUUAUGGAGAUUUGCCAAAGAAAGAAAAUGUUGUCUAUAUAGCCAAUCACCAGUGUACAGGUUUGUAUGAUAUUUACAUUUUGUCACAAUUGUUUCUGAAAGUCGCUUUGAGAGUUGAUUUUAUUUUUUUAUAUAUGAGAACUUUGUCUUCUGAGAGUAACUCUGCAUAUGUUUUUGUCUGUUGCUGGAUAGAUUUAAAGAAACUAUAUGAAAGUAUUAAAGGGACACGUCUUUUUUGUGUGUGAGGCAUUGCAGUGUAUAUUCUUAAUUUUUGUAUGUAUAAUGUAUACAUAGAUGUAAAUAGUAAGGUACUUAUAUUUGAUAGCAGUAGGAUCUGCCAAGAACUGGAAGCCACUCAGCAUAAUCGCUACAGCCUACUGCUAGCAAAGAAGCACUGUAAGUAGUUAAACUGUUUUAGUGUGGUUUGAUAACUUAAUCAAUAAAAAAGUUGAACAGAAGAAACUGGUCAAAUAGCCAGGAGCUGGUACUCGGAGCAAAUAGGGAUGGACCCAUUGUACAGCGCUACGGAAUUUGCUGGCGCUAUGUAAAUAAUAAUAUAGUGACAAUAAAAUAAAAAAUGGAAGGCAAAUGUGCAAUAUAUACAAGAAAAAAACGAUAUGUAUAUAAAAAAAAAACUAAAACGUCGUGAAGCAGUAAAUAUGAAUAUGAUGUGCCAAUAAUAUAAAAUGUUUAAAUGUCUUAGGGAUCAUAAGCAAGGAGACAUAAAAUGAAACCUAUAAAAUGAUGUAGCAAACAAGAUGAAUCUUGGAUUUCACUAUAAACCAUAAAAAGAGGUUGCAAACUGCAGUGAUACCACGUGUUACAAAGUCAACUAGAGAUCAACAGAUUAUUGGUUUUGCUGAUAUUAUCGGCCGAUAUUCAGUUUUGUUUUGUUUUUUUAAAGUAUCAGCUGAUAAUCACAGGCAAUACCGAUAAUAAGGCUGGCCGGCGCAUACAUAAGGCGGCACAAGCGGGCGCCUUAGGGCACGCCAGCCCGGGGGGCACUAGAUCUAAGUUACCGGCAGGAGGUGGGCGCACAGCGCUCCCUCCUGCCAGGCACUCUGUGUAGCGUGGCCGAGUGGAGUAGUGGACAGCGCGGUACAAUAACACUAAGGGACAGGGGGGCGCUAUAUGGGAGGGGGGGACACUGUGUAAGGGGAGUGGUAAGGAACACUAUGGGACGGGGGGGGUUAAGAACACUAUGGGACAGGGGAGGGAGGGAAAGAACACUAGGAGUGAGUGAGGAACAUUAAAGUAGGACACUAAGGUACAGGGGAGGGAAGGGAAAAGGAACACUGGGGUAGGGGGGAGACCACUGAAAGAGAGAGAAGGGAGAGGAACAUUAAGGGAAAUUGGGGGCACUAUGGGACAGGGGAGGGGGUGAAGAACACUAUGGGACAGGGGAGGGAGGGAAAGAACACUGGGGGGGAGUGAGGAACAUUAAGGUAGGACACUAAGGUUCAGGGGAGGGAAGGGAAAAGGAACACUGGGGUAGGGGGGAGACCACUGAAAGAGAGAAGAACAUUGGGGGCACUAAGGACGGGUAAAGGGUGGGGGGGAGUUUAUACCGCACAUAUUUACACACAAACACACACUGCAUCCGCUACACAAAAACACAUUGCAUCCACUACCCACACUGCAUCCACUACCCAUACUGCAUCCAUUACACAAACACACACACUGCAUUUACUAAUCAAAUACUCUCACUUCACACACACACAUAAAUAUUAUUGAAAACAUAAAAAAAUCUGACUGGCAUGUAUAUUUUGUGCAUUUACUACUUAAUAAAAAAAUAAAAUAAAAAUACUGUAAAUGUACAGAGUAUCGGUAAGCUAUCGGCCUGAAAGUUCAUAUCAAUAUGUAUCAAUAUCGGUCGAUCCCUAAAGUCCACAUCUAUAAAGCUAGAACAGACACAAAAAAAGUGUGUACCAUUCACACAACUAUCUUUAUUACAUGAAUCAAAAACACUCACAAUGAAGUAGAAUAAAAAAAAAAUGCAUUUCAAGGAACAUCAUCCCUACACACGUCUGGCUGUAAUUCCACUCUCCUCUGUACCGCUCGGAAAGAACAAGUGAGAGAGUAGGUUUAGCAACUAACCUGGAUCCCUUUACAAGGGGCUUGGCCCCUAUAUUUGCACUGCUGUUUGUAAGGACAUGAUGUGUGGUACCAUAACACUAACUCUUUGAUCUCCGUGGUCAGCCUCGGCCAUCAUACUCUAAUGGUAAUUUGCCAGAUGGUCAGUACGGGUCUGGAUGCACAUUAACACCAGUGUUUCUUGAGGGGGAAGGGGAUGGAAAAUGGGGUUGUUUUAAAAGGGGAGCUUGGUGAUAUUACUGGCAGGACAGUGUAGGGGUAUGAAUGGAGAAUUGAAUAAUUGUUGACAUGGAGAUGUUAAUAAGAGGAUACAAGAUUAAUGGACAUGCAGGCAUUCUUUAAAAUCCCCUAGUUUCUUGAUUUCAACAGCAGUUUUGAAACCAUGUGAAAAUGAGAUUAGGUGCAUGUCCUAAACCAGGGGUAGGCAACCUUCCUCACUCCAGAUGUUUUGCUAGCAUUCUAUAAUAACUUCCAUUAUAUAGGUUGCGGAAACAACUGACUAAAUUACAAUUAAUUUUUUUCUUGACAUAUUAUUCAGGAUGUUUUGCUGUCUUUACAUAUUCUUUUCCUGUGCCCUAAUAGUUGAUUGGAUCAUUGCGGAUAUGAUGGCUAUACAGCAGAAGGCACUGGGUCAUGUUCGAUAUGUUCUGAAGGAUGGACUGAAAUUUCUUCCUCUUUAUGGAUGGUAUUUUUCACAGGUAAUAUUACUCCCAAUAUUCAGAAGUUAGAUCAGCCAUAGAAAUGUGGGGUAUGGUUAUUUCAACAACAUAACCUCUGCUACUGGCUGUUCCAAGGAGUAACCUGGUGAUGUCCUCAGGUAAGGGAGCAAACCAUUUUGCAAUGGUUUGCUCUCUUACCCGAGUCCCACCAGGCCCCGUGCUUCCAGAUCUGCUAGGGUACAUGAAUCUAGAUGCCAAUCCCACCAGCCAUUUGUUGGUUGAUAGCAUUAGUUGAUCUUUGAAUGAGCGUCUGUACAUAGAAAUAUCCACUGAAUUGAAAAUAGGCAUCCCAGAAAUACACGCUACACUUUUUAUCCCAGAAAUCUUGGACAUUUUAAGGUCGCUGCCAGUUUGAAAGACUGCACAUAGAGACUCCCAGAACCAUGACCACUUCAGAACACUGAAGUGGCCACGGUGCUUGAAGGCACUCUUUAAAAAUGAAACGUGUCCGAUCAACAGACCUUGCUUGACCAAGUUUAAUAAUAGAAAUAUAGUACGUGUGUGGUUUAAAUACUUUUUAAUAAGAAGGGAAAUGCUUACUAUUCAUUUGUACUACCGGAGAGGAUGGGACUGGAGCAGUGGAACACACCUAACACGUUCUUUGAAAUUUUCUGUAAAAAAAUGAAACAUGUGAGAAAACACAAAAUAUUCAAUGUAACCAGUAGAUUGACCAAAGGCUGGUGAUAACAUGGUUAAAGGGGCUUGGUCACCUUAAACUUACCUGUCACCUAUUGUUGCCUCUUCCAGAAUCUGUUCUUCUCCUUCAUUUCCGAUCUAGUUCUUAAAACGCAAGACAAAUUAAGGACUACUUCGUUUUUUCCUAUUCUUGACAAUUGUGACAAAAGGGUGCAGCAUUAGGCAAACUCCACUGCCUUUGUCCAACUAACAAAGGAUAAAGCUUGCUUUAAGCCGCACCCUUUCUCAAGAUUGUCAUGUGUAGUAGUCCCUACUUUGUGUUAUGUUUUUAAAGAGACAUCGAUCAGAAAUGAAGUAAUUGCAGAUUCUGAGGAAGAGAAAACAAAAGGAGAAAGUAAAGUUUGAGGUGACAGAGACACUUUAAAUGCAAAUGUCAAAAUGCUUUUCAUUAAAAACCCUGGGAAUAGUGUGCUUUCUACAAAUGAAUUCUGCUGUUUAGUGGUUUAGGAUUCUGUAACUGAUAUUAGAGGUAGUCUCAGCAGGCCAAUGGGUAUUUUUAAAACUGUAAUAGUUGGGCUAUAUUUUGAAUAAUUUUUCAUGCUUUUUCUGUUGCGUAGAAAUUACAAGAAGCAAUAUAUUGAAAAAUUGUAUUAUGUAUACAUCUGAUAUCCGAAGAAAGCCUGAUUAUUUCUCCUUUAAAAAACAAACAAACAUGAUAUGAAUGUAGUUGUAGCUUAAAGACUGUAUUCAUUUAUGGUCAAAUGAACACACAGCAGAAGUGGCUUUGUUUGACAAAUGCAUGUUAUCUCAGAAAAGUCUUGGUCACUAAACGGCUAAAAUGCAUUCACUAUUGAAUGCGUUAAAUAAUUUGACUAAUUCAACCUCUAGUGCUUUUUCAAAUCUACCUCUCAAGUCUUAGACUGCCAAAAAAGGCUGCAUAUUUCUUUAGUUCUUGUGUUACUAGCAAUAUGCAAUCUAUAUAAUCCGUUUAGUUAUAGAAAAUACCAAACCAUCUUACACCAUUACAAAACUGUUGUUCGCUCCUUUUUUUUUUUUUUUUCCUUUUCUUUUAUCUCCUAUAUUAAUACAUCAUCCUUUUAUCACUGGUCAUUGUGACAUUUCCGCAAGCAAACAUCAGUUUCCAGCUAGUGCACAGUGACCAAUACUUUUGUGUAAAGAGCAAGGUUAUGGUCUGGUUUUCUGACUUUUGUUGCUUAAUCAAAUACUGAUCACUUACUAAAUCUGCCUGGAAAUAUAGAACAUUUCCUCACUGUGGACAUCUACUACCCAUCCUCCACACACACACAUAAACACUGAAAGCACAGAGCAGAUAGCUAACAUUGCCUACUCUCCAACUUGGCCUCUGCAACAUGCUCAAAGCUGUAGAGAAAGGAUAGGAUGGGGGGAUGGACUGUAAAACUAGUGAAAGGGAUGAGAUUGAGACAGUGUGGAAUAUGAAAGAGUGUGUAUAGGCUUAAAUUUAGACCUUUGGAUUCAUUGUAUUGAAACAUUUAAAUCUGAUUAAACUGUUUUUGCUUUAAUUAAUUUUGCCAUUUCAAAUCUAAUCCAUAAAGCCUCACUCACCAUCAUGUAUUCUCUAGUUAUGAUUACCAGCCUCUAGAGGAACACAUUUUAUGGCAAGACAGGCUUCAUAUUUGCUUAUCUUUCUUUACUGAAACUCCCAGCAGCAAAUAAAUAGUUAACAAUCAGUGUAAAAAAGUUUAACCAAUCAGCAUGCAUCAUAGUAAUGUAAACUGCCUACAGGCUCUUACCAACCCCUCUUUAUUUGCUGCUUCGCCUCCCAGGUGAGUCUAUUCCAAUUAUACUCUUUAUUAUUGUUCAUUAGUUAAAUAAUCAUAUCUUAAAUAAUAUAGGUUUAUUUGAUUAUUUUCUGUGAUACAUUUUCAGCAUUUUGUCCUCUUUACCUAACUAUGUGCUAAAUCUGAUAUUAUUUAUUUUUAUCCUUGUAGGUGGGCUAACCUUCUGGUCGGCCCACAGCUAUUUUAUACACUUUUUAUUCCCUGCAUACUAAGUUCAUUUAGCUAGCACUACAAAUUUUGACUGAGGCUCCCGGCAUCUUGCCGGACCGUUCAGCCACUCUGUUUUCCCUGCACACUGUUUGUUUCCCUCUUUGGUCUCCAGAGAGACGCGUCCCGCCUGUUUUCUGUUCGCGGCCAUCUCGUACAAAAUUCCCGCACCCUGGUGUUUUACCAAACUAAUGAAACCAGUAAUGGCAUUACUACGUUCCCAGGGAAUUCGGUCCAUCAUAUAUCCUCCUCAUGGCACAGGACCAGAAGACGCUACAACUUCAUACGCUCAUGACCUCAGCUUUGUUACAGAACCUUGGCUUUGUGAUCAAUCUCCAGAAAUCAUCUCUCACUCCGUCUAAGACGGUGCAAUUCCUUGGAUUCCAGGUAGAUUCUGUUAGGGCAGUCCUACUAACAAAGAUCAAAUCCAUCAAAAAGGAUAUUCGGAGCUUGCUGGUGUCACCAUACCUCUGCCUGCGGGAUCUAGCCCGCAUAAUCGGCCUACUCUCUCUGCUUCAAUACAAGCAAUAUUCCCUGCCCCGUUACACUAUCGAGCACUACAGCGCCUGAAAACACGUUACUUGCAUCAUUCGACAUCUUACGAUCAGCAGAUCACGCACACAGACGAAGUACGGCUAGAACUCCACUGGUGGCUACAUCAUAUGGAAGCUUGGAACGGGAGAGCCAUCUUCGGAUCCAAACCAGAUUUCAUUCUGGAGUCAGAUGCAAGCCUUCUCGGAUGGGGAGUGACUUGCUCAGAACAUUCUACCGGAGGACUUUGGUCCCAAUCGGAACAAGAUCUUCAUAUCAAUUGCCUCAAACUAAUUGCAGGUUCCUUCGCAAUCCGCAGUUUCGCCAAGGACGUCUACAAUUGUUCCUUGGUCCUGAAGAUGGACAAUGUGUCUGGUUCUUUAUGUGAAUGUGAAUCGUCUAAGAGGUUCCAAAACAAAGAUGCUUUCAGACCUGACAAAAGAAUUGUAUCAGUUCUGCUUAGACAGGAAUAUCUUCCUUCGAGCGGAAUAUCUACCUGGAUAUGACAACCUCAUCACAGACUGGUUUUUCUGACACUGGAGAGAUUCCAGCGAUUGGCAACUGGACCCACAAAUAUUUCACCAGCUGCAGAUCUGGCGGGUACCAGUCAACAUGGAUCUGUUUGCAUCUCGCCUCAACCAUCAGACGGACGCAUUUUUUAGCUGGCUGUCAGAUCCGGCGUACCUUGCAGUCUAUGCCUUCUUACAGACGUGGCCAACGUCCGGAGCGUAUGCGUUCCCUCCAUUUGCCAUGAUCCCACGGAUACUACAGUAUCUCAAAACUCAAGGCGUAACUCUGCUGACCCCCAACUAAUAUUAUCAAUUUCCUGUUAAUUCUUUUUGAUCAGGGAGAAUCUUACCGGUCUAUGCACGUGUUUCGAUCUGCUAUUUCUGCAGCUCACAUUCCUGUUGACAAUUCUUCAUUAGGCAAACAUCCUUCUGUAUGUAGACUCUUGCGUGUCAUCCGCAUCGCAAGGCCUCCGGCUCCUAAAUAUAGUAAUUUCUGGGAUGUGGCUCUCAUGCUAGCAUUCUUAGAGUCUACGCCAGACAAGGAGGCGCUCUCUCUACGCCAGCUGUCAGCCAAAUUAGCACUUCUUCUCUGUUUGGUCUCUUUCCGGAGAGUCUCCGACAUCAUGGCAUUUGGCUUUCAUGCCCUCGAUUUCACUCCAGAGGGGGUGAACUUCCACAUCACUAGACGCACCAAGACCAAUUCAUGUACAGUGAGUUACCCUUAUUUUCCGGGGAAACCCCUUCUCUGUGUAGCCUGCUGCGUAAGACACUACAUCUCUUAAACUACCACUCUUAGAGCGACUACUGGACCCCUCAUUGUGUCUUAUGUAAGACCACACAAGCCAGUGUCCUGCCCUACUAUUGCUCGGUGGAUUAAAUGGCCUCUAGCUGGCAUUGAUUCAUCUUUUGGGGCUCACUCGGUUAGAUGCGCUGCCGCUUCUUCUGUAUUUAUGGCUGGAGGCUCCCUGGUGGAGAUUUUAUCUUCCGCUGAUUGGUCCAGGGAGUCUACUUUCCGUACUUUUUAUUUUAGGCAAUCUCCUCAUGUUUCGUUAUCCAUGCUAUCUACGCGUUAAAACAGCAAAUAUGAAGCCUCCUGUCUUGCCAUAAAAUUUGGGAUUAUUCUAACAUUUAGUGACCGAAUAAUCUAAAUUUUAUUAAAGACAGGAGGCAAAUAUUUUCCCACCCGAAAUACUUUUACCCACCCUUCUAGGUAAGUAUCUCAUAGUGCCUCCAUUUCGAAAGGUGGCUAGUGUUCUCUUGGCUUGUCCUCCUUAUUGAACCUAUACAUGUCAUUUGAUUUGUAACUUUGUAUUUCUUGCAUUCAAUUUGAAUUUUGCAUUUUUUAUUGCAUUUUUAGUUUGGUUUUCUCUUGCCAAAGAGACCAUACUUUCACGAUAUUUCUCUUUCCUUCUAGUGUGAAGAUCUCUUGUCAUCCCUAAUUAAAGUCUCCUACGCCUGUUGAGCACUGUUUUUCUCCUACUUGAUCUUACAUCAUUAUCUACUCAUCGUUCUCCUGUUCUUCGUUUAUAUGGUUGACUCUACAACUGUUCGGCUUCAUCAAGAAAGAGGAGUUGGAUCGUUAACUAUUUCUUUGCUGGGAGUUUCAGUAAAGAAAAAUAAGCACAUUUUCACCUCCUGUCUUUAAUAAAAUUAAAAUUAUUCGGUUAUUAAAUGUUAGAAUAAUCCCAAAAUUGUUUUUUGGCAUAAACCACUAUCAACUGACAUAUUGUCUUUUGAUGUAAUGAAAAUGUAAGCUCACCCCUGCUUUCAAACAGUACAGGACGUUUCAAUGGGUUAUAUUAUUCAUACCAUCAGGAAGGUGGAGGAGUGAAUGGAUUCCAUUUCGAUCUUAUCAGUACAUUAGCAUUCCAGAGAUUGAUAAAGAUUAUUGUGGAUGUUUUAAGUAUCUUUAUUUCAGAAAGAUGAUUUAUAUUAACAGUGUUUGGGCUUUAUGAUAAAAGGUAGACCUUCUUUUUACACUGUGUUGUCAUUUUUAGUAAGCUGUAUUGCUAGUAAUGCUGUCAGGGUCCUAACAAAUGCCUACAAGCAAAGUAUUUGACUAUUUUUAUUUAUUUUGUCACAUCUACUAUAUGUGAGAACUUUUUUUUUUUUUUUGCUUUUAUACUAACAUUUCAGACCCUAUGUGAUAUAUAUAAAAGAGACUCUAAAGCUUUUUAUUUCACAAAUAUUUGUUUCAAGGAUGAACAAACAAUGAAAAAUAAACAUUUCCCAUCAUUUACAUGUUUAAGUUUGUCUACAAAGCAAUCUAUACACAACAUUGCUGUGUUAUAUGUUUAUAAUCAUCCCUCAAAGUAAUUUUUCCAUCAAGAAAAUGCUUGGUAGUGAUGGGGUUAAAUAAUAGUUUGUUUGUUUUCUUGUUUUUUUUUUUUUUUUUUUACCACUUCACUACUGAGCACUUUUUGACUGAAGAUUGUAAUGUAACAUUCUGUAGAUCUAUCUCCAAAACAAGUAUGCAUGCACUGUAUUUUUGCUGCUUUCUUUGGUAUAUAAAAACACAGCUUGCAAAAGCUGCAGUUCUGCUGUCUGCAGCCUUUACAACCCCUCCCAUUUUUUCCCAGCACAUCAUUGCCAGGCGAUGCUCCAAUCCGAGGCUUCUCAUUGAGCAUGCACGUGAUUGUGGAUUUCCUAUGCUCUUCAAUGCACUUUUAUAAACUGGCACAAAUAUGACAAACUCCAGACACACAAAACACUUCAGCAAGUUGAGAACUUCAUACGUGAAGUGCUUUAUGCAUCUGGAAUGUUGGAUUGUGAAGAGAAAAAAAAAGCUUUUAAAGUGAAUAUAUAUUUUUAUAUAAACAACUUCUGGCAGUGACCUCUGCCUAAACGAACAGCAUAGUUUAGGCAGAGGUCACUAUAAUCUGUUCUCACUUGUGUGAAUGGAGCUUUUAGGCACAAAUACUUUACCAUAGAUCCUUCAUAGUAAGCUGUCAAAGAUCCUGUUGGAGAAGUUUGGACUUGUAACAAGUACUGUACUUAGAUGGGCAUGGGUAAUCUUAAUGCUUCUGUGUGCAGGGACACCUUGGCAGGGAAUGUCCUAGCUGUAUAAUAUACCGUAUAUACUCGUGUGUAAGUCGAUCUCAUGUAUAAGUCGAGUGCAGUUUUGUGACCAACAAUUGUGAAAUAUGCUAUGCCUCGUGGAUAAGUCGAGGGUAAAACUUGGGGCUAUGAAAUUCUGUGAUUUUUAGAAUUAUAUACACACACACUCAUACAAACACACACUCUGCAUUAUAUAUACACACACACACUCAUACAAACACAUUCUGCAUUAUAUACACACACACACACACACUCAUACAAACACACAUUCUGCAUUAUAUACACACAGACACUCAUACAAACACACACUCUGCAUUAUAUACACAGACUCUGUGUAUAUAAUGCAGAGUGUGUAUAUAGUGAAGAGUGUGUGUUUGUGUAGUGUGUGUGAACUGGGUGGGGGGAGGGCAUUUUUAUUUAAAUUUUUUUUUUAUUUUAAUAUUUUUUUUUUAAUUAUUUAAAAAAUUUUUGUCCCCCCUCCCUGCUUGUUAACCGGUCAGGGAGGGGGGCUAUCUUAAUCCCUGGUGGUCCAGUGGCAUGGGCUGUGAAGUGGGGGGGCCGGCAGGAAGCAUUUACUUACCUUUCCUGCAGCUCCCUUCUCCUCCGUCCCGGUCAGCUCCACUGUAAGUCUCGCGGUCUGGUUGCCGCGCGGAUCGUUGCCACGGCUCUGACGGCCGUGGCUCUCUAAGUUGCCAUAAUACAGACAGUGACUCGAGUAUAAGUCGAGUGGGUGUUUUUAAGCACAAAAAAUGUGCUGAAAAACUAGACUUAUACUCGAGUAUAUACUGUAAACAAGAUCCUAGGUUGUUAUGGUAUUUGGUAUGCCAAUUUUCAUAAUAGAACAUCUCUUGUCAUUUUGAUAAUUUAUGUUAUUUUUAUAUAAUGUUGCUGUCUUUUAAAUGUAAAAAUAUGUAAUUUUUGUGUGUGUGUGUGUGUGUCCCAAUUUAUUUUUUUACUUUCUAUUUAUAUGCAAUAAUAUAAUACAAAUUGUUUCCCACAGCAUGGUGGUAUUUAUGUCAAAAGAAGUGCAAAAUUCAAUGAAAAAGCAAUGAGAGAGAAGUUGCAGUGUCAGGUCAAAGCUGGAACUAAAGUAAGUGAUUUGUAAUUUUUGCAUAUGCUGUGUUUUCAUGAUAGAUUUAUAGAUUAUAUUUCAGCUGUCUAGUUUCAUGAGUAUAUGCUAGAUCCUUGACACUAGCAUACUGUUUCUUUUUAAAGGGACACUAUAGUCACCAGAACAACUACAGUUUAAUGUAGUUGUUCUGGUGAGUAUAAUAGCUCCCUUCAGGCAUUUUCAUGGAAACACUGCCUUUUCAGAGAAAGAAUAAAGCAUUUAUAAUCCUCACCUGUGUAUAUUGAAAAUAAGCUUAGUUAAAAAAAAAAAAAUAAUAGAAAUAAAGGGGACUGCAGAAAGAGACAAUUUGGGGCAUAUUAAUAGGGGAGGGGGAGUGACCGAGCCACUUUAAAAGACACUAGGCACAAGUAGGCACUGUAACUGCUUGAUCUCAUUGUAAUUGUUAUAAUUCCUGUUUUUAGUGUUAAACCAGUUUUAGUGUUUGUUUUACUACUAAACAAGAAUUCCUGGCAGCCAGUUUUCACAUUCCUAGCAGCCAACCACAUUCAGCCUAUUACUGGUAUAACUAAGGUAGUGUAUAAUAAUCUCUGCUGAAACCAUACCUUCAAUGGGUGACCAAGCUAUUUGUGGCCAGAUAACAUUAUACUGUGUAAAAACCUCUUUUAAAAUUAUUUAAAGGGACUAUAGUCACCAGAACAACUACAGCUAAUUGUAUUUGCUUUGGUGAGUAUACCCUUCAGGCUUUUUGGAGUAAACAUUGCCUUUUCAGAGAAAAUGCAGUGUUUACAUUAAAGCCUAGGGAUACUUCCACUGGCCACUCCUCAUAUGGCUGCUAGAGAUGCUUCCUUGGGAAGAGCUGCACAACGUGCAGCACUGCUAUUCAUUAACUCCACACUCUGCAUGAAGACACUGAACUUUCCUCAUAGAGCUGCAUUGAUUCAAUGGAACUUUAUGACGAGAUGCUGAUUGGCCAGGUCUGAUUUUGGCUUGUGCUGUAUCUGCCCCUGAUCUGAAUCACUGACAAUCUCAGCCAAUCCAAUAUGAAAGAAUUGUGAUUGGUUCCGACCACCACUGAUGUCAGUCAAGCAGGAAGAUUGGGACAGAGCCAGCAACAGCAGACUGCAAUAAAUGUAAGAUUUUGCUAUAAUUAGGAAGAGUUAGGGGAGCUAGAUGGUGUUUUUCACACUAUAGGGUCAGGAAUACAUUUUUGUGUUCCUGACCCUAUAGUGUUUAUUUAAAUUGCAUGGAGGUAAUUCAGUGAGAUGAAAUGGUUAUAGUGCCCCUUUAAUUUGUUAGGUUAUAAACCCCAUACAAACAAAUCGAAGGUAAUAGAACGUAGUGUGAAAAUACUUACACUGAUCAAUUACAAAGUCACACAGAGCUAGUGUAACUGUGUAAAGGAUGCUAUAAGGUAUAGAAUAAUAAUAUAGAGACAAUAGGUAAUGUUGAGACAAAGGCAUGGAGAGAACAGAAAGAGAUGUGGGGAAAAUAUGAAAAGUAGAUGAAUAAGGUAGCAUCUUGCCAGGCUUGGGAGACCCUGCACCCAGUAACAGAGUGAAGCAGUCGCAAUGCAGAGUGUAGACAAUACUGGAGGGAUUCCAGAAGAUAUGAGCGGUAUAAUGGAAGUGGAAGGCUAAGCUUGUUAACUGGGUGGUAAAUAAUUGCAAGUCAUUCAUCUAGAAACCGCGUAAGAUCAGUUAAGAUAGUCAACCUAUUGCUACUGGUGAAAAAGUAAAAAAAGUUUUAUAAAAAUAUAUGGUUUGAUGGGGGUAAAUUACAUUGGCCAGCUUCAGAAAUGUCCCAAAUAGGACAUGGGUGCAUGAUGACCAUCUGUGAACAUUCCAAGUUGGAAAACUGGAAUGCGCACCCUCCAAAUAAGGUCUUUCAGCCCCCAAAGAACCCGACCAUUGAUGGUAUCAUUGUACCCAGGAGAUGUUGCUGUGCUGAACACAUAUUGUGGUGUUCUUUGGCAGAAACCCUUCAAGUUCUCUGUAUAUGUAUUCUUAAAUUGCUGUGUGUGUCAAAAAAAAUCACAAAUUAUUUUUGUUUUAUUUGGCAUAGAUUGGUGGUAAAAUGGUUGCAUGAAAAGAGUCAAAAUACCCCAAGUUUAAUACCUUAAGUUGUCUUCUCUUAAAAAAUCUAUACAUGUGGAGGGUUGUUCAGGGAUUCACUUGCGUUAAAAAAUAAAAAAAUGGUUUGGAAAUAGCAAAGUGCUACUUGAACUUAUUGCCCUAUAACUUUCCAAAAAAAGCUAAGAACAUGUUAACAUUUGGGUAUUUCUAAACUCAGGACAAAAUUUAGAAACUAUUUUGCACGGGUGUUUUCUGGCGGUUGUAGAUACGUAACUGAUUUUGGUGGUCAAAGUUCGAAAAAGUGUGCUUUUUAAAAAAAAGAUUUCAUCAUAUUUUAUAAAAAAAAAAUGUAUAGUAAAUUAGAUAAUAUGAUGAAAAUUAUGGUAUCUUUAGAAAGACCAUUUAAUGGCAAAAAAACCCACAUAAUAUGUGUGGGUACAGUAAAUGAGUAAGAGGAUAAUUACAGCUAAACACAAACACCGCAGACAUGUAAAAACAGCUCUGAUCCCAAACGGUAAGAAAAUUGAAAAGUGGUCUGGUCACUAAGAGGUCAAGCAGAAGUGCUUUAAGUGUCUGGACGGUCCCUUUAAGGAAUAGUAGACAUGAAACUAUUUUCAAACAUAUGUUAAUAUCAGGUAACAUGUUUGGUAAAACUGAAAUGACAUGGCUCUCUGACAGGAGAAUGCACAUAAAUGUUUGCAGGCCUACUUCGUUGGCUUUCUUGAGAAAAACUGUGGUUAGACAGGAUAUAGAGCUAAUCCGUGGAAAUUGAAAAUAUGUCCAGAUAACCCUUGAAAGGCCCAGUAGAAGUGAUAGUUCAAAGCCUCAGCCCCAAAAAUGCCUAUAGCAGGAAGCAACAGUCAAGAGUAGCAAACAGAGAAGGUCUUGUAUGAUCUGGCAAAGCUGUUCCAAAGUGCCGGAGAGUUGUUGUAACUGGGGUCCAAAAUAGAAACUGCUACUUUAUAUGCAGGUUUAACAGCUGCUGUGCAGCCAGUAAACUGUAUUUCUGAAGGUGAACAACUUGGUAACAAAAAUGUAGAUUGCAGCAGUGUGAUACAGUGGAGUUCAAGCGCUCAGCCUCAAUAAUGAUCAGUAAGAGCAUUGGGUUGGCUAAAAUCAGAGUGGGGGCGGCGCCAAACGCUGUUUUAGCCAAUCAACACCUCCUCAUACAGAUGCAUUGAAUCAAUGCAUCUCUAUGAGGAAAAUUCAGCAUCCCCAUGCAGAGCGUGGAGACACUGAACAGCAGUGCCCCCUACUGUGCAGCACUGAGCCAAGAAGCCCUUCCAGUGGCCAUCUGAGGAGUGGCCACUUGGAGGUGUCCCUAGAGGGCAAUGUAAACACUGCCUUUUCUCUGUUUGCAUUAAAAUGCAAGCAGGCAAUGAUUAUACUUGCCAAAACAACUACAUUAGGCUGUAGUUGUUCUGGUGACUAUAGUGUCCCUUUAACUAUUAGAAAUUUUGAACUAUAAAUUACAUUAUUUGUUUUUGAUGUAGUGUUGAUGACUAUCUUGAAAUACUCUUGGAUUAUUGUACUUUCGUACUUGUAAUACUAUAAUAAUGUAUUUGGUUUGCUUAUUUGAUGCCUAAUUUUGCUUGACAAUAUUUAUAGUAUGUUCCAGUAAUUUUCUGCAAUUAUAUACUCUGUAUGUCAUAUUUGUUGGGAUCUGGCUUUUACUAUCAUGGCAAAGUUAGUAAUUUAAUAGCCUUAUGUUUUUUUUUUGCAAUGAUGGACUUUAUAUUUGGCACUGCUCAGUGUUGUGUAAAAAUUAACUUUUGUUGUCUGUUACAUAGUUACAUAGCUGAAUAGAGACUUGCGUCCAUCAAGUUCAGCCUUCCUCGAGUAUGUUUUUGCUGUUGAUCCAAAAGAAGACAACAAAAAAAAAAUCUAGUCUGAAGCGCUUCCAAUUUUGCAACAAACUAGGAAAGAAUUCCUUCUUGACCCCAAAAUAGCAGUCAGAUGUCUCCUUGGAUUAAGCAGCUAUUACCCCACUAAUUAGAAAUUAUAUUCCUGUAUGUUAUGGUUUUGCAAGUAUUUAUCCAAUUGCAGUUUAAACACCUGUAUGGACUCUGAUAAAACCACCUCUUCAAGCAGAGAAUUCCAUAUCCUUAUGGCUCUUACUGUAAAAAAAAAAAAACAUUUCUUUGCCUUAGAUGAAAUCUCCUUUCUUCCAGCCUAAAUGUGUGACCUUGUGUCCUAUGUAAAUCCCUGUUUAUGAAUAGAUUUCCAGAUAAUGGUUUGUACUGGCCCCGAAUAUAUUUGUAUAAUGGGAUCAUAUCCCCUCUGAGGCGCCGUUUUUCCAAACUAAAGAGAUUUAAAUUCUUUAACCUUUCUUCGUAACUAAAAUGCUCCAUUCCUUUUAUCAAUUUUGUAGCUAGUCUCUGCACUUUUCCUAGUGCCAUGAUAUCCUUCUUUAGAACAGGUGCCCAAAAUCGCACAGUAUAUUCAAGGUGUAAUCUUACCAGCGAUUUAUAAAGAGGCAAAUACAUUUUUUCAUCCGAGAAUUUAUGCCCCUAUUUAUACAUGACAAAACCUUACUGGCCUUAGCAACUGCAGAUUGACAUUGCAUAUUGCUGCCUAAUUUGCUGUCUAUAACAAUUCCCAAAUCCAUCUUGUGUGUGGUUAUCCCUAAUUCACUACCAUUUAGGGUGUAAGUUGCUUGUGCAUUCUUGACCCUGAAGUGCAUAACUUUGCAUUUCUCUAUGUUAAAUUUCAUCUGCCAUUCUAGUGUCCAGUCCCCCAAUCUAUCUAAAUCUCUCUGCAGCAAAGCAAUAUCCUGCUCACAUUUUAUUACUUUACAAAGUCUUGUGUCAUCUGCAAACACUGUUACAUGCCUUUCAAUGCCUAUUUCAAGAUCAUUUAUAAAUAUGUUAAAUAGAAGCGGUCCUAAAACAGAACCCUGAGGGACAACAUUUACCACUUUUGUCCAGCCUCAAAAUUUACCAUUAUUGUCUACAUUUUUUUUUCCUCUGACGUGCAUGUAUAAUUUUUUCAUAGUUUGCUUUUCAAAAACACUUCAAUCGUUACCAAUGCCUUUUUAAAGUGAACGUGCAACAAGUGGGUUCUUCACAUUUUUUCAAAGACUCGGCAAGGUGUCAUAUUUGCUUUCAUAUGCAAUGAAAUAUAUUUAUUCUGUCCCUCUUCAGCGCUGCCAUACUUAUUUGUCUCCUAUUGACUUCAUUUGUGCAUCCGAUUCUAACGCUUUCGCUGUAAGACAAAGCAGAGUCCACGGAGGAUUCCAGUUGAAUGCAGUAUCUUGAAUAGCUUAUCUUGUGCCUGUUCAAUAAAGUGCCAAAGGUAUCCAUUGUGCAUGUUAUUGCAGAUACAUUGCAUAAGCGUGCCCCAAGAAUGGGGUACAUUGGCGUUGUGGCAGGCUUAUGCAAUUUAUGAUCACAUCAUUGUACAGCGCUACCGAAUCUGAUGCUGCUAUAUAAAUAAUAAAAUAAUAAUGUAACUAAACCCCCAUUAUAUUUUGCCUAGGUGAGGUGUUUUUUAAACAAAACUAUUACAAUCUCUAAGAUUUGAAAUCAUUGUUUAGUGAAUAAGUGAGUGCGCUUGAUUAUGUAUUUUCUAUGUUGUGUAAAUUGGCCACAGCAGCACCCUGUAAUAUAUACAUGUUCAGGUGAGGGCAGCCAUCCUUGGGCUGCUCUGCAAUUUAAUGUAGUACACUUUAAGUAAUAGCACUCCAACACUUUCUUCUGUGUUGUGUAAGUAAAACUUAGCUUUUAUUUAAUUGUUCCAAAAUAAAAAUUAAAAAAAUCUACUUUUCCCGUUUACAUGGAUAAACUUGCUUCAGGAGAUGUAUCUAUAUUAUUAGUGUUAUAUAAAGAAAAAAUCAUUGUUUAGUAGAUAUUUACCCUCAACGAAAACAUACAUUAUUUAAUUGGAAGUAUAUCUAAAACCAGCUCGCAAAAGCUGUAGUUCUCGUCUGCUGCCUUGGCAAGCCCUCCCCUUCUAAACCCACCCAGACUUUCUGUGGCUGUCCAGUCAAACAUUUUCCAAUGCAGCUCAUUGAGAAGUCAUUGCAAGGCAGCUGCUCAAGGCAGUCGCCUGCCUUUUGAGUUAAACUCCAUUGAGCUAACCAAACCAGGAAGUAACAGGGCCGGUGUAAGGAUUCAUAUGAGAUUGACUAAAACUUCAUCCCUGAAAGGCUUAAUGUUAGUCUCACAUUAACUCUUUUAGGGAUGGAGUGUUCAAUCUCUCAUUAAUCCUUACAGUCGUUUUUUUAUUAACAUUUUGGGGAGGGGUGUAACAAGGUUAUUUUAUAUAAGUGGUCAUUUGGUGUAAUCAAACACUGAAGCCAUAUUCUCUCUGCAGCCUGAUCCUGUUCUAGUUAUGCACUCACUGUGGGGGAGGGACGGGGCAUUUUGUCAUUGGUCAACGGUCACCAGAAUCCUAUGAGAAUGGACCCCAAUAUGCACAGAAUUAACAUUAGCCAGCCUGAAACACUAAUGCAAGUGCCACUGCUGUUUUAGCCAUGCAAUAAACUGUCAUUUUGUACAGAUGGCAGUUUUUUUAUUGUAGGGUUAAACCUACCUGACAACCACUAAAAGCGCUUUGCCUUUGAGCAUGAGUCGGGCUCUGUUUUCAAUCAAAUACUACUCCUAGAGACCAUAAAGGUUUGGUGAUUUGCCAUGUAUAAGCACUAGCCUCCUAGUUCUUCUACUUCAAAUUUGAACUACAGCAAGUCUGAUACUACAUUAAGUUACAGGCAAGACCCAUAACAUCUUCUGUCUGGGGGUGGUAGUAUGUCGAAUGUGCUAUAGUUGAGAGCAUACUGGUUUCAUAGGGUAUUUAUCAAAGUUAGGUCACAAGGUAAACCUACUGCAAACAAGGAUAAGCCUAUAGUUUUGCUACUCAAACAAGAUCUGCUUAGGCUUAUGUUAUGAAUAAUUUAGCAAAACUUGUAUCAUGUUUGUAAGCCUUUUCUAGCAGUCUUAUUCCUUCAAGCAUAUGAGCGGUUUCGCUGACAAUUUAAUCCCUAGAUGAAAAUAAAUGAGUAAAGGAUCUAAGUGUGCAUGUGUGGAUUGGCAUGCUUUAUAGGGUUGCUCUGUGGUUUUGUGUAUUUAAACCAGCAAAGCUGUCAGAAAUCGGUGUCAGGGUUUGUUUGCAGUAGCUGAGAUUAAUCCAGACAGCUAUUGGGAGUCACCAGAUAUUUUACAUGCUCUUUGUACUGAAUCAACUUUAGACUUGGGUGUUGCACCACUAAACUUUAAAUUGUAGCCAAACAACCAAAUCCAGGCUCAAUUAGGUGAUGUUUUUAAAAAAAAAUAAAUAAAAAUAUAUCCACAAGUAAUCCUCUUAUUAUGACCUUAUAUCUGGGCAUUAGCCUUCAAGUAGCCCUCCUAAUUUUUCCAAAUUGUUCCAUAUCCUUUUAUAGACUGACGCCUUGGGAUGUAUAGCUUUUGCAACUAUUGAAAAGAAACUGUCAUAGUUUAUUUUAAAUAAAAUACAUAGGUGUAUUAUAGCAUUUGUGAAUAUUAUUUUGUAAUGCAUACAUAUAUAUAAGUAAAUGGAUUUCAGGGCAUCUCCAGCCCUACUCUUACUCAAUGGGGGACAUCUUAAAAAUACACUUUGAGCGGUAAUCGAAUGUUCAUAUUGUGCACAGCUUUGGCAGAUGCUUGGUGUCAAACCAAAUAAUAUGUAAAGAUGUCUAUCCUGACAGAGCAAGGGUGAGAUAGGAAAUGCUAUAAAAAUAUAAUUGUCUUGUAUGAAUGGAUUUCAAUAAUACAGAUAGAACCUAUAAUACAGGCAAUCUUUUUAUAUUCAGUAAUAACAAACAAUGGCAAUUUUACGUUAAGCUCUCACUCAUUGUGAAAAAGGAAAUUUCUAUUCAAAGCAAACUUGCCCAUUUAAAAAUACGUUUCAGUAUUAUGGUAUUAAUCAAGGCCAUCAUUUAUGUUUUUAACUUGGGUUUGUUGAUAUGAACUAAAUUUGCAUUUUACUAUAUUGUACAAUAUAUUUAUGCACAUUUCAUUUUUGUAUUAACUGGAUUAGGCAGAAAAUGUAAUAAAGCAGGGAAUGCUAUCAGAAUGCUUGGUUGUAUAGGGAGAGGUAUUAGCAGUAGAAAGAGGGAAGUGCUCAUGCCAUUGUACAGAACACUGGUGAGACCUCACUUGAAGUAUUGUACACUGUACUGGAGACCCUAUCUCCAGAAGAUACUUUAGAGCAGGGGUAGUCAACCUUUUUCUACCUACCGCCCACUAAUGCAUCUUUCUUGAUGGAAAAAUUUCUUUACCGCCCACCAGUUUUCACGCAAGUGCAGACAAUUUUUUUAGAAAGGCGUGUGUUUUAAAAAAAAUAAAUGUACGUACAUUUAUCUUUUUAUUUCUACUUAAUGCAUGUUUAUAAUGUUUUUAACUUUAAAAAGUUUAAUGAGAAAACAAUAAAGUAAAUUGAAAUUACCUUUAACUAGUGAGGUUGAUGCUGCGAGACUAAAUAUUUUAAAUCUGGUUCGAUUUUCGUAAGGAACAAAGAGGUCUCCUCUUUUGGUGAUAUUCAGAUGACUUCUCUGUUUGCGCAUAAUACGAUUUCUCAUCUGUGCGUCAGCUCCGCUCCUCAAUUUCCAUUUUCCUUUUUUCUUUCCUUUUGACCUUUCUUAUAGCAAUGCCCAGCAGGAAGGCUGAGCUAAGUAUCCCACUUACUGUUAUUAGCCAACAACAAUUCUCUCCUUUUCCUAUUUUUUAUUUUCCUUCUUUCUCCUUUUUUACAAGUAGUCUGCUCUUUCUUUCUUCUCUUCCACAAGUACUCUGCUCCUUCUUUCUUCUAUUCUACAAGUACUCUGCUCCUGCUUUCUUCUAUUCUACAAGUACUCUGCUCCUGCUUUCUCCUUUUUACAAGUACUCUGCUCCUUCUUUCUCCUUUUUACAAGUACUCUGCUCCUUCUUUCACCUUUUUACAAAUAUUCUGCUCCUUCUUUCUUCUAUUCUGCAAGUACUCUGCUCCUUCUUUCUCCUUUUUUACAAGUACUCCUCCUUUAUUUUAUCCCCUUUUUUUCUAUUUUUAUUCCCCUUUUUUUUAAAAUCUUUUCCUUUUUAUCUCCUUUUUUUUUUUAAUGCUUUUCUUUUACCCUGCUUAUGGCAUUGUACAAAAGUAAGGCUGAGCUAGUUAGCCCACUUAUUAUUAUUAUUAUUAUUAUUAUUAUUAGCCAACAACAAUUCUCUCCUUGUCCUGCCUAUAACUUUUCUUUCUCCUAUUUUACAACUGCUCUGCUCCGCUUGUGCCUGCUUCAGCCUGUCCCUGCUAUCGUGCAUCAGCUCCCACUCCUCCCCUUCCUCUUCCCACGUGUUACACGUUUGCGCGUGCAUGUACGUGUUCGCGUGCACGCAUUCACGUGUUUGCACGCGUUCGCACUUUCAUGUGUGCCCACCAGUAGGCUGUAGGAACCAGGAUGACGACCCAUGCUUUAGAGAGAGUUCAGAGAAGGGCUACUAAACUGGUUCAUGGAUUACUGGAUAACACUUACCAGGAAAUGUUAAAGGAUCUUAACAUGUAUAGCUUGGAGGAAAGACGAGACAGGGGGGAUAUGAUAGAAACAUUUAAAUACAUAAAGGGAAUCAACACAGUAAAGGAGGAGACUAUAUUUAAAAUAAGGAAGGCUAUCUCAACAAGAGAACAUAGUCUUAAAUUAGAGGGGCAAGGGUUUAAAAUGAUAUCAGGAAGUAUUACUUUACCUAGAGCAGGCUUCCCCAAACUCCGGCCCUGCAGAUGUUGCUGAAUUACAACUCCUAUGAUUCUCAGCCUAUCUAUUUCAUUCAUAGAAUCAUGGGAGUUGUAGUUCAGCAACAUCUAGAGGGCCGGAGUUUGGGGAAGCCUGACCUAGAGGGUAGUGGAUGCAUGGAAUAGCCUUCCAGCUGAAGUGGUAGAGGUUAACCCCGUGAAGGAGUUUAAGCAUGCGUGGGAUAGGCAUAAGGCUAUCCUAGCUAUAGGAUAAGGCCACGGACUAAUGAAAGUAUUUAGAAAGUUGGGCAGACUAGAUGGCCGAAUGGUUCUGCUGUCACAUUCUAUGUUUCUAUUUCUAUGUGAUAGAGGACUAUUAUUUCCCUGGUAAUAGUGCUCAAUGAUACAAUGUUACCCAAAUGCAGCACCAUUAUUUGUUUGAGAUUUCUUUUUGAUAAUGUUGACUAUGAUGAGGUCAUAUGGUACAGGUAAAAUUGUUUAACAUGUGUUUUCAGUAGAUCUGAGUUAAAGGGACACUUCUUCUGCCCAUUGGAGUGAUCUGGGUGCCAACUCCCAUAACCCUUAACCCUGCAAGUGUAAUUAUUGAAGUUUUUAUAAACUGCAACAAUUACCUUGCAGGGUUAAGUCCUCCUCUAGUGGCUGUCUAUCAGCUUCUUAGAACACGAAAAGUGUUUUAAACAAUGCUGGACGUCCACACGCUAUGCAUGAGAACCUCCGGCGUCGCUGUAAUCCCCAUAGGACAGCAUUGCAGUGCAUUCACCCAUUACACCCAUUCACCCAUUCAUUCACCCAUUACAUUCACCCAUUACCAAACAAUAUGUCAAGGUAGUUGGACUGAAACAUUGGUUAUAUGCAAAUGCACGUUUCCUUAAAAUAAAUGCGCUCUUUUGUUUACUUUGGAGCCCUACAAGCGUGAGGUUGUCCAGUGUCAAGCAACUUUUUUUAUACUGUACCUUUCAAAAUAAACCUAUGUUUCUAUGAAAACUGACAUUUUUGUUUUUUUGCAGCCCACAUAAACCUUAUUUAUUUGGCCAUUCUUAGCCAUUGUGUUUGACAUGCUUGCUGUAAAAGAUGAUAAUCUGUAUCAAGGGACAUGAACUGAAAGACCACAAUCAAACUAUGGAUUCUGUAGAAUUGUAGAGGUUAAAACUGUGUAAUCUAUCUUGAUAUCCUUUAGGACUUUGUUUAGGAGCUCAGUUCAGGGAAACUAAUCAAAUACAAGGUGUUGGAGAACUUAAAACUUAUAUUGCCAUUUUUUUAAUUCAGUUGCAGAUAACUUGCAUUUUGUUGCUUGAGACAUUCUGAUUAAUGGCAUAAACACAUGAUGGUGGCACAUCAUAGAAAUUGGCUAAGUUAAGGACUCUUGCAUCUCUUAGAAUUGCCAUGUAUUACUUGAAAUUCUGGUGCAUGAAUGUACAUUUAUUUGAUGAAGCCAGUAGACCUUCUAACAUACAGGACAUACCGUAUUUUGUUUUCUUAAAUUGCAAAUGAUUUAUUGCAGGUAGUAAGUAUGAAUGCUUUAUUAAUACAUUGAUUAAGAUAAAGUAAAAGUUCUGACCGUUUUACAUAUUUUACAGAUGUAUCUUGUGAUUUUCCCUGAAGGCACUCGUUACAAUCCAGACAUCCCAAAGGUCAUAGUUGACAGCCAGGCAUUUGCCAUGAAAGAAGGUAAAACAUGGGAAUUUGCAUACAGAAGCUUCAAUAAAAUGCAUGCCUAGUAACUCUUUUGAGAUAUGUAUAUCCCUGUCACCCAAACCUCAUACUAUCGUGGCAUUAUUUAUUUUCUUCCCCAAGUGUGUUCAGUGUGUUUGGCUUCAGAGAACAAUUUCUUAAAGCCAUUGUUGCUGAUUUUCAGUAUACUUCCACGUUAAAGCAUUUAAAGAGACACUAUAGACACCCAGACCAGUUAAUCUAAUUGAAGUGGUCUGGGUGCAGUGUUCCUGUUCCCUUAGCCCGUCAAUGUAAUACAUUGCAGUUUUACAGAAAAUGUUUACAUUGCAGUGUUCAGAUUGCCUCUAGUCUUAACACUCUAGUCUUAACUCCAUGAAACAGCGCUGGACGACCUCAUGCUUUACAUGAAGACAUCCAUUGUCAAGCAAUACUCCGAAGAAAAGCACCAAGUUGAUGCUUUCCUAUGGAGAGUCCUAGUGUGCACGCGGCAGGUUCCCCCAUCAGCUGAUGGCACAGGAGGAAUGCGACCCAGUAUCGAGGGACAUCAAUGCUGGAAUCAGGUGAGUGAAAGAGAGUGUGUUUUUUUUAACCUUUUAAUGGACGGGGGAAUCGGGGCGGUACGGAGUUAGAGCAACAUUAUAGUGUUAGGAAUACAUGUUUGUAUUCCUAACACUAAAGUGUUCCUUUAAUAUUCAGGAAUGUGACCGGAUGUUUUCUCAAAGAGCAUAAGAUGGAGUCAAAGCAGUACUUUCCACAUCAUUAGACACAAAAGUAGAAAAAAAAUAUAUGCAUUCAGGAAGCCAUAUUGAAAAACAUAAUUCAGAGAUGACUGAGAGACACCCUUUGUAGGCCUACAUGUAUUUGCCAUGACUUAACAUACAUUAAGAAGCAUGUAAACUUAUCCUCAGACAACCUUCAGAUGACAGUAAUGGAUUAGUAGCUCAGUCACAGUUUAGAACAAAAACAUGUCUACAUCUGUUUAAUAUUACUGAUUUCAUAUCUAGGUGAAAUAAACUUUUGAGGAUUUAAAAACACCAUUCCCACGACUGUAAACUCUCAGCUUGGUGUCUGAUACCCUCAGCAGGCCAUGGCUUUUGACUUGACCAAACGAUCCGCCCAGUGAUUCAGUAAUGGUCUUCAUUUAUCGGAGUCUUAAAGCUGCAGUCUCAAAGCAGUCAUUUAUAAGCUUUUGGGCUAUUUUAAGGACUUCUUUUAAUUCUUCUUAGAAAGUGGUUGACUUAAUUCCAGGCAAUAAUGCAUUUUUUUUUUUUUCUUUUUACUGAAAACUCAUGCUGUCAUGUUGGCGCAACAUACGAUAAAGACUCACAGGGAGAUUAGAUUUUCUCACAGGAUCCUUAAACUCUACACAUGCACAAAAAUACAUUCUCAUAAAAAAAACACAAAACUGCAGCUUUUUUCAGUUCUUAUGAUGAUAGAGCAGGACCUUUUUAUCAGGACAUUGUACUUCUAAAUGACAUAAUACUCAGAAACCCAUAAUAUCAUGGAUUUAGACUUGUGUGUUAUAAAAGUGCUGCAUGUGAUCAAUCCCUGCAGUAGAGAUCUGAAUAUUUCAAAAUUAUAGAGUUGUACAUGGUUAAAAGGAUACUAAAAGUGCAAGGAUGUAUUCCUGACACUAUAGCCCCUCUGCCAGCCCCCUCCCUCACGCACUUCCGUCCUCAGUUUUCGAAAGGGUUAAAAACCCUUUAUUUACAUGCCCAAUCCCAGCACCGAUGUCCCUUGGCGCUGGGUCACUGCUCCACCUCCUCUGACGGUGCUUAAUAAGGGGGCACUAAUGCACAUAUGCAUCAAGCGCCGCACGCAUUAGAAUCUCCCUAUAAAAAAGCAGUGGAUCAGUAGUUUCCUAGAGGGAAAAAAAUCUGACACUUGAUGUCCUCAUGCAGAGCGUGAGGACAUCCAGCAUCAGAUACGGGAUCAAAGGUCUGUUUGGAUGCAGGAAGGGCGUCCAGUGGCUGUCUCCAAGACUUAAGGCAGACUUAUGCAGCAAUGUAAACAUGCUUCAAUGAGCUGAAGUGGUCUGGGUGCCUAUAGUGUCCCUUUAGCUAGGGUACAUGGCUACGGUGAAGUAACUGAAUGAAGAAGAAGCUUAGUCUGUGGUAUUUUCAUUUUUAGAUCUGAACAUUGUGAUUAUUAAGCCUUACCAUUGCUGAGUAUUAUAUAAUUAAAAAAAAUGGGACCAGACUGUGUCCAUGCAACCCCAUAUGCAGCAAACAGCAAUGCACUCUGUGUUCUGACUACUUUCUAUCAUGUCCAGCAUUAGAUUUUUCAGCAAUUGGAGCUACAGUAGCUCUUCUGUGUGAUCGGACCAGAAGGGCUAGUCUUCGUUCCCCACGUGCUUCAACAAUGAUCUUUGAGUGCCCAUGACCUCGAUGUCGAUUUUAGCCUUUCCUGCACCGCUUUUGGUAGUUACUAACCACUGCAUACAGAACAUCCCACGAGACUUGACAUUUUGCCAAUGCUCUGACAAGUCAUCUACUCAUUACUAUAUGGCCCUUGUCAGUCACUCAGGCUUUUUGCCCAUUUCACCUGCUUUCAACACAACCAAUGAAAUAACUGACUGCUCACUUUCUGCCUAAUAUAUCCCCCACCUUUACAGGUGUCAGUGUAAAAAUACUAUAGUCACCCAGACCACUUCAUUGAGAUGGAUGCUGGGUGUAGUGCCUCUGGCCCCUUAACCCUACAAUGUAAAACAUUAUGUCUAGGUGUCCUCUAGUUAUAAUGUGAUAAUGUUAUAAUGAUUUGUAGUUCAGAUCGCUUAGUGGUGUCAGUGGCUAAUCUGUUGCAUACCUUUUUGAUAAGAAGGUCUUUUUCAGUAUGGUGAUGUAUCUAAAAUGGCAGGCUCACGGUGCCACAUUUUGCAAAACAUUUAUAGGUGCUCGGAGUGUCCCUUUAAGUCCACCUGUAAUGACAGUCAGUUUGACAGCCAUCAGAGGCACUUCCGCUGCACUGACGGAAUAAAACUCAGUCACGUGACACAGAAGCCCAAUAGAAAAGCAUUGAUUCAAGUGCUGCUGAGACCAGUGUGGACCAGAACACUAUAGCAUUGGGUAUUGGGUAUUUCUCGUGCUAUAGUGUUCCUUUGAGUAAUCUGGUUCUGCUGUAUAUUGUCUGUGGCUGCCAAGUAUUACAAUGAUAUGUGAUACAUUUCUAUAGGUAAAGAUUUCCUUUUUCUAGGUCUUCCAGUAUUGAAACAUGUGUUGACUCCACGUGUGAAAGCUACCCAUGUUGCAAUUGACGCGAUGCAGAACCACCUUGAUGCUGUCUACGAUGUCACGGUAGCAUAUGAAGGAACUACAAACCAAGAAGGACAAAGGAAAGAGGCUCCAUCAAUGACAGGUAUUCCAUAUAUAAAUGCUUGCAGGUAUGUGUCAACAUUCCUGAGCUAGACAAGUUAUAUUUUAUUUGCUAUAAAUCCUUUGGUUGAAGCUGUUAAAACUUGGAUUGAUCUCAAGUAAGAUGUAAUGCGCUGCGUGUCGGUGCCAAAUACCAUCCCAAGUGUGCAAUUUAUUUUGUCACACAACUGUCUUAUAUCCUUAUCAUGUAAAUUUAUUAGUGCUAUUAAACUGCUUUAUAAAAAUGCAGCCUUUGUAAAUCUUUUUUCAGUUCGUAAUAUAUACUUAGUGACGGUUACCACAUUACGCUGUUGUUUAGGGGGACCUGGAUAUCUUUGGCAAGGCUUGGAUCUAGGGGAACUCCUGGAUCAAACACAGUCAUUCAGCCAUGUCCAUGAAUCUACCACGUUUGGGACACUGGGGUUAAUAUUGAUUAUUAUUUUUUUUGUAAUCCUCAUGGGCAUAAUGUAUUUUUUUUUUUUUUUUUUUCAAUUUAUUUGAAUUCUGUGAUUUAGAUAGCUGGUGUGGGUAGCAGUGGGAAAUUCGGUGUUAGGAUAGUUAGGGGUUAAAAAAAAGUUUAAACAAAGCAAAAAAAAUCUAUUUUUAUGGUAGUUUAGUUGUAGUUAUAAAGUGCAGUCUGAAAAUGCUUAGAAGCGAGGAGGAUUAUAAAAUUUUAACGGCCGAUUCUGAGAUUACAGCGCCUCAGUGAGUGACACAGGUGAUUUCCCUGACGCUGCCCAAAACGCAUAUGACUGGAUUCCCCAUUCCAAUGAUUUCACCCCCUGACAUCCCUAUCGUUUCUGCAACUCCAGGCAUACAGACUGGUGUGACCAGAUAUGGCCCAAUCCCUAUGAUGAGCAGUUUCUUACCCAGAACCCUGAAUCAAUUACUGCCAGUAAAGUAGCAUGGUACCACACCAGUUUGGCUGAAUUAAAACAAUAUUAACGGGGAUCAUAAGGAAUUAUCUAUUAUUACCUGGAAUUUGAAAAAGAAUCCUAUUUGCUAUACCCCAAUUUUUUCACAAACUAGAAAGAUGCAGACAUGAAGCAUGACUCAAUUUUCUGCAUUUUAACGAUAGCAGUGUGUGCUUACAAAGAACUAAUCCGAAGUUUUAUUAUUUAUAAAGCGCCAACAAAUUCUGUAGCGCUGUACAAUAGGUGGACUAACAGAUGUAUUUGCAACAAGACAAUUUGGACACACAGGAACAGUGUUAAGCUCCAUUAUAUACAUCUAUGAAAAUGCUCUCUUAAUAAGCUGAUAUUCUCACGCCUCUUAUAUUGCACUUUAACUCCCAGAUUGAGCAGUGAGACUGUAGGACAAGCAUGUCAAACUCAAAGGCUAAAUCGGGCCAAAUAAGCACAUUUACUUGGGCCGCAAAAAAAAUAUUUCGGAAAGUACAGUAUAAAAAAAAAAAAGUUACCGAACUGACACUGGACGUCCUCACGCUUGUAGGGCUUCAAAGUGAACAAAAGAGCGAAUUUAUUUUAAGGAGACGUGCAUUAGCAUAUAACCAUCGUUUCAGUCCAACUACCUUGACAUAUUAAAGGAACACUAUAGUCACCUAAAUUACUUUAGCUUUCUGUUUAUACAGCCCUAGCCACACCUCCCCUGGCUAUGAUUGACAGAGCCUGCAUGAAAAAAAAAACUGGUUUCACUUUCAAACAGAUGUAAUUUACCUUAAAUAAUUGUAUCUCAAUCUCUAAAUUGAACUUUAAUCACAUACAGGAGGCUCUUGCAGGGUCUAGCAAGCUAUUAACAUAGCAGGGGAUAAGAAAAUCUUAAUUAAACAGAACUUGCAAUAAAGAAAGCCUAAAUAGGGCUCUCUUUACAGGAAGUGUUUAUGGAAGGCUGUGCAAGUCACAUGCAGGGAGGUGUGACUAGGGUUCAUAAACAAAGGGAUUUAACUCCUAAAUGGCAGAGGAUUGAGCAGUGAGGCUGCAGGGGCAUGUUCUAUACACCAAAACGGCUUCAUUACGCUAAAGUUGUUCAGGUGACUGUAGUGUCCCUUUAAGAAAUGUUUGGUAAUGGGACCAAAACGGUGAAUGUAUGCUGUUGAACACGUGUAAAAAAACAAAUUAAGUUAUCUUGUUUAUUUUGAAGUUCUAUGAGUGUGAUCUCAGCCAAUCCAAUGUUUUCCCAUAUGAAAGCAUUGGGAGGCUAUUGUGCAUGUGUGGCAAAAAGCUGCAGGGAGAAAAAUAAUCUCCAUGAGGAGCGUUCAACGCCUCCAUGCAAAUCCACUCUAGUACACUGCCCACAAAUCCAAUACAUUGCCCUCCCUCCACUGUUAUACACUGCCAACUUCACCCAAUCUAAUACAUUGCCCCUUACUCUAAUACACUGCCCCUCUGCUCUAAUUGAAUAGACUACCCCCACUCCACUUUAAUACACUGCUCUCCCUACCCCUAAUUUAACACAUUGCCCCUCCACCACCACCACUCUAAUACACUGGCCCCCUCUCUUCCUCAAAUACACUGCCCCCUCACCUCCCCAAUUUAAUACACUGUCCCUUCCCUCUCAUAAAUUAAUACACUUCCUCCCAAUUUAACACACUGGCCCCUCUCCCUUCCUCAAAUACACUGCCCCCUCCUUCCUUCAAAUACACUGCCCCCUCCCCAAUUUAGUACACUGUCCCUUCCCUCCCUCAAAUUAAUACACUAGCCCCCUCCCUCCCCAAAUUAAUACACUGCCCCCCUUCUUCCUCAAAUUAAUAUACUGGCCCCCUCCCUCCAUCAAAUUAAUACACUGGCACCCUCCCUCUAAAUAAUACACUGGGCCCCUCCCUCCUCCAAAUAAACACACUGCCCCACCAUUGUAUUCUUUAGAUUGUAAGCUCACGAGCCAUCUAGCCAAGCACUUUAUAUAAAAGAUCUCCAAUGGCUAGAUAUCAGCUUAUGGGCAGGGCUCUCUCUACCUCUUGUAUUUGUCUGUGUAUAUUGUACGUUCUCCACUAAUUGUACAGCGCUGUGGAAUCUGUUGGCGCUUUAUAAAUACCAGUAAUAAAUAAAUAAAUUUAGGAACAGGAGCAACUCUGCCACGAAACCGAAGACCAUGAAAGUCACAGAGUGGGGUUACCGAGAGCUGAAGUGCUUGGUGCGUUAAAGCCCCCAAAACUCUGCUGAUUCCAUAGCUGAAGAGUUCCAAACUUCCACUUGCAAUAAUAUCAGCGCAAAAAACAGCAGCAAGAGCUUCACGGAAUAGGAUUCCAUGGCCGAGCAGCUGCAUGCAAGCUUCACAUCACCAAGUGGUGUAAAGCACCCCACUACUGGACCCUGGAACAGUGGAAAUGUGUUCUGUGGAGUGAUGAAUUACAAUUCUCUGUUUGGCAAUCUGAUGGGCAAUUAUCAGAAAACGAUGCCUGACUGCAUUAUGCCAACUGUAAAUUUUCAUUGGAGGGAGGAUAAUGGUAUUGUUAUGGAGCUAGGUCCAUUACUUUUAGUGAAGGGAAUUUUUAAUGUUUCCAACUCACUAUGUAGUUUAAGCUCAUUUGGUAGUGUUUACAACUUUUUUGGGUGUUAUGCAACAAGCUUUGCGCGCCUGGAUGUUGGUAGUUUCUGCCAUUCAUCUCUGCAGAUCCUCUCAAUCUCUGUUAGGUUUAAUGCGGACUGUUCAUGGGCUGGGCCACGCAAGGACAUUCUCAGGGUUGUCUCCAAGCCAUGCUUGUAUUGUCUUGGGUGUCUGCUUAUGCUCAUUGUCCUGUUGAGUCCCGAGUGCUUUGGGUCAGGUUUUUAUAAGGAUAUUUCUUUACUUUGCUGCGCUCAGCUCUCCCUCAACCACGACCAAUCUCCCAGUCCCUGCUGCUGAAAAACACCCCCAAAGUAUGAUUUUAGCACCACCAUUCUUGCCCAUUGGAAUGGUAUUGCACAAAUGAUUAGUGGACCUGGUUUCCUCCUCACAUAAUGCUAUGAAUUAUGAGGCCAGGCAGUUCAAUCUUUUUUUUUUUUUUCACCAGACCAGAGAAUCUGUGAGAAUCUUAGUACUCACAGUCUGAGAGCCCGUAGGUGCAAUUCCAAACAUGCUUUAAUGUGUCUUGUAGUGAUUAGAUGAUUCGGUCUGACCAGUCUGCCAUAACGGUGGAGUGUUGCUGAGAUGGUUGUCCAUCUGCAAAUUUCUCUCAUCUCCACACAUGAUCUCUGGAGCUCACCCAGAGUGACAAGCACUCCCUUGGUCUCUUACCAAGACACUUCUCCCGCGAUUACGCAGUUUAGGCUGAAUAUCCAGCUCUACGAAGUGUCCUGGUUCUUUAAAACUUCUUUCAUUUGAGUUCUUGUGGACCUUUAUUGCAUACAAUUAUUUUUUAUUUAUUUUUUUUGUAGCCUUCCUAGCUACAAAUCCAGACUCAAUCCUGUCUCUGAGCUCUGCAGCCAGUUUCUUUGACCUCAUGGCUUGGUUUUUGCUCUGAUAUGCAUUUACAGCUGUGAGACCUUAUAUGAAGAUAAUCCAGUGAAAUGUCAUAGCAAAGGGGCUGAAUAUUUAUGUCUGUGGUAUUUCAGUUUUUAAUACAUUUGCAGAAUUCUCUGGUUUUAGCUGUUAUUAUGGAGCAUUGAGUAUAUAUUAAUGUGGAAAAAAUAGUUUGAUACCCAAUAUGUGUACAUAAAGCAAUAUUAUUUAGAAAUAAAAAUGUAAAAAUGAGGGGGGAGGAUGGGGAAUGAAAAUAUAACUCACUUAUUUCUCAGUUUUACAUUUAAUAAUUUCUACACACCAAGUGCAUAUAAAGAAAACUAACUCAAAAUAGAUUCACUAAUUAUUCCUGAUUGUAAAAUGCCCAAAAUGUCUACGAUUUCAAUUAAUUUUGAGAAGUUCUAAAACAAAUUCUGCAAGGAGUAAAUUAUGGUUUUAAAGCCAAAAUUUUCCAUGCUAAGAUUACAGCUUUUAAUUGUAGUCACAAUUAAAUAUCGCUCAGCUGCGGUUUUAGAUAUAGAUAUAUACAUACAUACAUACAUACAUACAUACAUACACAUACACACACACACACACGUAUAAAAUACACAAUGCAGCGCACUCACUUAUUCACUAAACAAUGAUUUCAAAUCUCACAGAUCUCAAUAGUUUUAUUUAAAACACCUCAUCUAGGCAAAAAUGAUGGGGGUUUAGUUACAUUAUAUGAUCAUACAUUGCAUAAGCCUGCCACAAUGUCAAUGUACCCCAUUCUUGGCAAGUCCUACUCUAGCAGCCUAAUGCUUGCUGUUAUGAGAUUAAUCCAAUUACUUGGGAAAUACUUCCUUACUGGGACUCUCUGCAAGUCAAGGCUAAAUAGGGUCCUGGAAUGAGGCACCUGUGACAGGGAGGGGUGCAAAACCAAUCGGUUGGCCUGGAGUCCCAAAUAUAUAGAUGAAACCAAGAGGGCUGCACUCACCUGAACAGUACAAUUUGUGAGAUUUGAAAUCAUUGUUUAGUGAAUAAGUGAGUGCACUGGAUUCUGUAUUUUGUAUAAAUGGCCCCAGCAGCACCCUAUAAAGUAUGCAUAUUCAGGUGAGUGCAGCCCUCUUGGUUUAAUACACACACACACAUACUCUCGAAAACUUGGGGUUCUCACAGUUAGUGGACCAGCUAUCGGCGGGAACCCCAGGUUUGAAGAGAUACCUGGGUUAAUUGGUAAAAGCAAGGAUAUAACACCUGCAGGUACUUUUACUACAUGUGUUCACUGGACAGUAAAGCCCUGCACUGCAUAGACAUGAUCCCGUAUCUCUCUUUUAAAGUAAAACAUGUUUGACUUUAAAAAAAAAAAAACUAGGUCAUAUAUAGCCAAGAUCGCGCUCUUCCUUUAACCCCUUAACGCCAUUACGGCGUUCUAUGCCGUCCCCAUUAUAAUGGGCUUUAAAGCCGUUGCGGCGGCCUAGGACGCCGUAAAGGCUAAAGCCCCCAGGAGGUGAGAUUUACUUACCUCCGCCGCGAUCCUCUUCAGGAGGACUGCCUGACAGCCCAGGCAGUUGUCCCACGGCAAAUGAGGCCCUCGGGGGCCAUGUGAUCUCAAAGAGCGAUCACAUGGCCCCCUAUAGCUGGCUGUGGAUCUGCCAGCAGGGGGACUGUCUGAAAUGUCAGACAGUCCCCCUGCUGGUGGGAAGUAUUAAAAAAAAAAUCAUUAGACAUGUUUUCAAAUAAAUUAAAUGUCUCUCUCUCUCUCUCUCUCUCUCUCAUACACAUCUUAUAUAUAUGUGACGUCCUACAUAGUGUAUUUUAAUGUUAAUAUAAGUACAUAUAUUAGUAUUAAAAUACACUUAGAAUGACGUUACAUAUAUAUAUAAUACAUAUAUAUAUAUUUUAUAUUUAUACUAUAAUAAAAUAAAUUAAAAUAUUUGUAAAAAAAUUAAAAUAAAUUAUAUAUACAUAUGUUAUUUCAUUCUAACUGUAUUUUGUUAUUAAUAUAUAUAGGUAACAAAAUACACUUAGAAUGAUAUUCUAUAUAUAUCUAUCUAUAUAUAAAAUACAAAUAACCGCAAAUAUAUAUAUAUAUUUACAUAAAUAACUACAUAUGUGUACGUGUAGACUUUAAAUACAUAUAUAUGUAUAUAUAUAUUAAAAUUCUACGUGUAUAUUCAAGUAAUAUUUUAACAUAAUUAUGUGAUUUUAAUUAGUUAAAAUUUGAUUGACAUGCCUGACAACCUAGGCAAAAAGUGCAGAGAAUUUGAAUUGCAAGCACUAUAUUUAACCCUGUAACUUUCCAGGACACCAUGAAACCUGUACAUUGGGGGUACCGUUUUACUCGGGAGACUUUGCUGAACACAAAUAUUAGUGUUUCAAAAUGGUAACUUGUAUUACUACAAUGAUAUUUUUUGUAAAAGUGAAGGUUUUUUUUGCAUUUUUCACACGAGAACGUCACUUUUUUCGCUUUUUUUCACUUUUACUGACGAUAUUAAUAUAUUUUACUGUUUUAAAACACUUAUUGUGUUCAGUGAAGUCUCCCAAGUAUAACAGUACCCCCCAUGUACAGUUUUUAUGGUGUUUUGGAAAGUUACAGAGUUAAAUAUAGUGCUUGCAAUUCAAAUUCUCUGCACUUUUUGCCUGGGUUGCCUGCUCUAAAAACCGCUCCAGUUAAUCACAGAAUAAAUCUCUGCACCACUCCCCAGGCAAAUAGAAAAUAAAGGCUGUAACAAGCCGUGCCUCUCAACAAAUUAAACAUUUUACUCUUUUAUUAGAUAUUUGUAAAAACAUCACACCAAAAAAGAUGAAUGUUGGACAUACAUAGAGAAAAUCUCUGAAACUAUUUUCAAGCAACUGUGUGGUUGUGACUAAAUGCUAUGCCCUGUGCUGUCUACAUUGAAACGUAAUUUUCUUAGCCUUAAUUGCAUAAUCCCAAUGGGAAUCCUACUGAUGCAAGAUUACGUGCUUAGAUCUAUCACUGGUCUCCAGAGUCUUCGUAGACGGAACCCAGCUGUGUUUACCCAGUGCCAGCCAUGUACAUACAGUGCUUUUGUUCCUGAUUGUAGCGAUGUGCUGCAUCCUCAUUUAUAUUAGUAACAUGAAACAGGAAUAGGAGUUUCACAAUUAUUACCCAUAGCAAAUCAUAAGCUUUACGUGAAUAGGAUCGGCUAGACUGUUGUUACCGAGUGCUACCCUAAUUAAUCAUAGCUUAUUUGUGCUCUGCACUCAAAAAUAAUCUGCUAAUAGCAAAGAUUGCACAAUGCCUUUGCUAAUUCAUUUCAAGUGGUGGAAUUUGUUAUAUUAUUUUAGCGUUACAUUAGAUUUUCAUAUAUCAGUGCGCACCUGUGUAUUUGUAAGAACUGUAUAAUACUCAUGUGAUAGCUGGAACUGUCAGAUAGGAACUUUCACGUUCUUUUCCUCCCACCCAUAUUCGCUAGAUUCAUGCAUGAAUAGGCAACCUUCGACACUCCAGAUGUUGUGGACUUCAUCUCCCCUGAUGCUUUGCCACUGUUAUGGUUCUAGCAGCAUUAUGGGAGAUGUAGUCCACAACAUCUGGAGUGCCAAAGGUUGCCUACUCCUGAGUAUAGGUUUGUUGAGGAUGGUGCAUUAAGCCAGUCUGCCUAGUAGCUUUAAUCUAGCAUCUCCCAUAGACCUUCUACAGUGCCCUGAUUUUGGCACCCUUGUUUAAUAUGCGCAAAGAAGUCUUUGAAAAUUUAUCUGUAUUGUUUAACAUUUUGAUUUAAAAAAAAAGAAGCACAAAAAUACUCUGCUUUCAUGGUGAGCAUAUAUUUUUUGGUGGAGAAAAACCUGUGUUGUGUGUUCAAUUGUUUAACCCCUCAAGGUCGGCGGGCGUUCUAUGCCGUCCUUAAGGAGCUAAGCCUAAACACUGGCAGGCGGCAUAGAACGUCCCCCUCCGUCCACCUCACUUACCUGAUCCUCGCCGUUCUCCCACACUCCUCCCCCCCACCCCUCCAGACAGUCCUCUCCGACAAAUUAGGCCUCUGUGCACCAUGUGAUCACUCUAAACUGACAUCUGUAAAAUAAGUGUGUAUGUAUAUAUAUGUGUGUGUGUGUGUGUUUGUGUGUGUGUGUGUAUAUAUAUAUAUAUAUAUAUAUAUAUAUGUGUGUGUGUAUGUGUAUAUAUAUAUAUAUAUAUAUAUAUAUAUAUAUAUGUGUGUGUAUAUAUAUAUAUAUAUAUAUAUAUAAUCUCGAAGGCUUGGCACUCUCCUUUAACAUAUCAAGAUGAACUCUUAUCCUGGUGCUAUCCGCGUUUAGUAGAUAUUCUAAAAUAAAGUGAGUGCACUCAAGGGAUUUUUGGUGAAUACAUUUGGCUACUAAAAAAGAAUGAACAUACCCCAUUUGCAAUACCUUGGGUUGUCUACUUUUGCAAAUGGUAUGCCAUCAUGGGGGUAAUUCUCAUUCCUGGAAUACCAUUUGGUCUCAAAGGCAACUUAACCAGUCUGGCAAAUUUCAAUGUGUAUAAACUGAAAAAUGUAAUGUGACCCUUUAACUUUCCAAAACACCAUAAAACCUGUACAUUGGGGUACUAUUGUACUUGUGAGACAUCACUGAAUACAAAUGUGUCUUUUAUUGCAGUAAAAACUCACAGUAUUAUGCCAUUCACAGUUAAAUUGCCAUGCAGAACUAGAAUUUUGUUUUUUUAAUCUUAAUUUUCUCACACUUUUUUAGAUUGUAUUCAAAAUAAAUUAUGUUUUAUAUAUGAAUAGUUAAUGUGAAAUGAAAGCCCUGUUUCUCCUGAACAAAAUGAUAUAUAAUAAGUGUGGGUGCAGUUAAUAUGAAAGAGGUGAAUUAUGGUUAAACAGACAUAGCGCAAAUGCCAGGUUUUGUUUCCGUUUUGAUCACAACUUGUACAAUUGGCUCCAUCUAAAGGGUUAAUUCCAUGAGCAGAUUAUUUUUAGAACAAAUGGUUAAACAACAAAGACAAUUUUUCUCAGCCUUCUUUGCUCAUAUUUAGCAAGGUGUCAAUAUUAGCGGAGACCACUGUACCUGGUCACUGUAUCUCUCUCUCGCUCCCUCUCUCCCUCCCCCCUUGUAAUUUUUGUACACCACCAAAUGAAACUCUUUCUGAAAUGGCAAUCUUGGUAAAAAAAAAAAAAAGAUAUCCAGGUCUGUAUACUUAGGAAUAAAAGUUGGUUGGAACUCAAUUGCAGAUUAAAAAAUAAAGAAAUUCUGUCACUUUAAGAAUGUUUAACCCCUUAAGGACACAUGACGGAAAUAUUCCAUCAUGAUUCCCUUUUAUUUCUGAAGUUGUGUCCUUAAGGGGUUAAAGUAAGUCUUGUAUUGCUUAGGUCUUGAUAUAACAGAAUAACCUUUAGCAGCAAUUCCGUCUUUAGUAUGCAGAUCCUUAUUUGAAUACUUAAAGGACCACUGUAGGUACCCAGACCACUUCAGCUUAAUGAAGUGUUCUGGGUACCAGGUCCAUCUAGGGAUAACCCUUUCUGCUGUAAACAUAGCAGUUUCAGAGAAACUGCUAUGUUUACAUAUGGGUUAAUCCAGCCUCUAGUGGCGGUCUCAUUGACAGCUGCUAGAGGCGCUUCCGUGCUUCUCACUGUGAUUUUCACAGUGAGAAGACACCAGCGUCCAUAGGUAAGAAUUGAGAAUGCUGUCCUAUAGUCUGGCUGAAUGCGCACGCGGCUCAUGCCGCGCAUUCAGCCGAUGACGGGGAAAGGAGGAGGAGGGUCUUAAUCCCUUCCUCACCCUAGAGAUCGGCGGGAGGGGGGCAAUGAGGAUGAGGGGGACCCAAGGACCCUAUAGAGCCAGGAAAAUGUAUGUUUUCCUUUCACUAUAGUGGUCCUUUAACAAUGUCCAAUCGAAUUAUAUGCACAGUAUAUGUAGAAAGUAGGCAGAGUAUAUAUGCAGGAGCUGUGCAGGAUAUAUUCAGGUUUCAAUUUAAAUACAGAAAUAUAUUGAACUGUGAACGGACUUUUGUAUUGACUGGAUUCAUUCUUUGAGAGGAUUAGACUGAAUGACUUGAACGAUACGGCAAUUCCCAGUAUAACAGACUUAGCUUGUUUGUGUAGGUUGGUGAUUAGAGAGAGAGUCCUUUCCGUGUUUAAGAAGUUAUCAGUUCCCACUACCUAGUCGUCACGAACUGUGAUGCAAACAAAGGAGGUCUUUGGAAAUCUCCAAGACUACUCCACUACCUCAACCCCCUAAUCCUUACCUAACCCCAUCCCCUGACUCCCCAACCCGACACUGACAGCAGAACGUGAGACCUCCUGAGACUACACACACCACAGGUACUUAGGGCAAAGAUACCUCCACAACACCCGUCGACAACAACCUGACUCGACGAUAUGACACUGACCCCAGACCACUUACAUAGCCUCACAAUCAAUGCUAAAGGCCUAAAUAAACCAGAGAAGAGAUCAGGAGCAUUGAGAGACUUCCACAAACAGAGGGCCUCUAUAGUCAUGAUACAGGAAACCCACUUUAAAAAAGGGACCAGAUCUAAAUUGACUAAUCAGCACUACACGCAAGGAUACUACAGUGACUAUCAAGGGGGUAAGGCUAGGGGGACAGCAAUACUUCUUCAUAGGAGGGUGCCGUUCCAGGAGGGGGGAUGCAAGUCAGAUGACGAAGGCAGAUACCUAUUCCUUAAAGGGAAGAUCGCAGACCACCAGUACACAUUCGCAAACAUCUAUGCCACAAACAAACAACACUAUCGCUUCCUCAAACAGACACUCCGCAAACUCCAAGAAUUUGCAGAAGGGACUCUCAUACUGGGGGGCGACUUUAAUAUAACACUCGACCCAUCAUGGGACAACUCAUUGGGCAUCUCCCACGUCCCCACACAACAACUUCAAACCAUUAAAUCCCUACUCCGGAGCCAGCGACUCGUGGAGAGUCCAUCACCCAGACGUAAGAAACUACACCUUCUACUCCCACCCGCACAACUCUUACUCCCGAAUAGACCACAUUUACACUACACACUACGACCUCUCCCUAGUGUCCGAUGUAACAAUCGGAGUGGCCACAUGGUCUGACCACGCCCCAGUCUUACUCAAACUUAAAUCACCACUUUACCGCCCCACAACCUCGAAAUGGAGAUUGAACGAAUACUUACUCUCCAAACUAGAGGUCGCAACCCUCAUAGAUGAAAAAAUCAAGGACUACCUGACAACCAACACGGCACAGCAAACAUCCCAGACGAUUCGAUGGGAAGCACACAAAAGUGUGAUAAGAGGCCACUACAUACAACAGGGGGCAAUACUAAAGAAACAAGCUGAAGCUCGGCUACAGGAACUGCUGACCAACAUACACGAGAGAGACAACCAAAACAAACAAACCCCGAACCACACGCACCAAACUCGACUCCUACAACUGAGACGGGAGCUAGCCACACUAUUGCACUCUAAACAUCACAGGGACGCUACUAGGCACAAAGCCUUCUUUACAAUACAUGGGAACAAAAGCGGCAAACUCCUAGCCUCGAUGCUGAAGAAGCAGAGGCAACACACAUACAUUGACAAAAUUAGAGACAAACAGGGGACCCUACACCGACUCCCGACAGCCAUAAUGAAAACGAUCCGCACAUACUACACAGAGCUAUACACGCUCCCCCAACCGAAGACCAAUGCGGCAACGACAAGCCUCAGAGACUCCAUCCGAGACUACCUGACAAAAUACCCAACACCGACACUCGAUGCGGAGAUAGCGGAGUUAAUAGACAAACCCAUCACAAUAGAGGAACUAGCACUGGCGGUUAAACUAACUAAACCGGGCAAAAGCCCAGGACCAGACGGCUUACCGACUAAAUAUUAUAAGACAUACGCCGAAUACUUAUACCCACCCAUGGUGGAAGCGUUCAAUUCGAUAACCACAUCCACGGAAACCACAUCCCCAGACAAGCCCUAACAGCCCACAUCACUAUUAUUCCCAAGGACGGCAAAGACAGGGAACAAUGCGGAAACUACAGGCCGAUCUCACUUAUAAAUAGCGAUAUCAAACUACUGGCCAAAAUUCUGGCGACUCGACUUACAAAACACAUCCCAUCACUGAACCACCCAGACCAGGUGGGAUUCGUGACAGGACGAGAGGCUCGGGACAACACCAUCAGGGCGCUCACCCUCAUGCACGGGAAAGAAAGUACGAAAGUGGGCCUUCUCCUGCUGUCAACAGACGCAGAAAAGGUCUUCGAUAGAGUCGGCUGGACAUAUCUCUUCGAAACACUAGCCCACGUAGGAUUAGGACCACACAUGCGACGCUGGAUAGAGGCAUUGUACCGAGAACCAACGGCCCAAGUGCUGGUCAAUGGGGCGUUAACUGCUGCCUUCACAAUACAUAAUGGCACGAGACAGGGAUGCCCCCUCUCCCCACUCCUGUUCGUCCUUGCCCUGGGACCAUUCCUUACACACAUCUGACACAACACAGAUAUAACCGGCCUAAUGACAGGCACUACACACCACAAGGUAGCCGCUUACGCGGAUGACCUACUCUUUGUGGUAACCAACCCCGAAAUCUCCCUCCCGAACAUCCAUAGAGACCUACAAAUAUAUGGAGAAAUAUCCAACUUGAAAAUUAACUACGGUAAAUCGUUCAUUCUUAACGUUAACGUCCCUACUGCACGGGCGGACCCCCUCCGACAAAGCUUCCCCUUCCAAUGGGCCGAACACAAAAUUAGAUAUUUGGGAGUCUGGCUGACCAAAUGGAGCGAGGAUAUGUUUAGGGAAAAUUUCACAGAUACUCUCCAGACGUUCCAAAAAGACAUGCGGGAAUGGUCAUACCCCCACAUCUCAUGGCUAGGGAGAGUUAUAAAAAUGAACUUCCUCCCACGCCUCCUAUACCUCCUCCAAGCCAUCCCCAUCGAGAUCCCGGGCCCCUUUUUUAACACUCUUAGAACAGAAAUGACCAGAUACGUAUGGAACGGGGGGGAGACCCAGGGUGAAAUUCUCCACCCUGACGCGACCUAAGGAUAAAGGAGGAUUAGCCCUCCCAGACUUCCACCUAUACUACGUGGCCACACACUUACAGAGAAUCGUGGAAUGGUCAAAAGACGGAGUGCACAAAUUAUGGAAGACGGUGGAAGAGACAGAGGCGGGUAGACCGCUCUCGGGACUACCCUGGUGCCGAGACACGGCAAAAUGGGGCGAAAUGUCCACAAAACACACUCUGAAAGUAUGGAGGAGGGCAGCGAGGAAGGGGACCAUGUCGCUAUACCCCUCUUACCACUGACGCACAACAACGACUUCCCCCCGGGACUAGACCCAAGAGCCUUCAAAGACAUCCUCCCAGACAUACACCCAUGCUUACACCAUGCCCUGCAGGGAGGGAAAUGCAAAAUACUGACAGACAUGACGGGAGGGAUACCCCCAACCUUCAUGCAUCAUUUUAGAUAUACCCAACUAAUCAACUUCGUCCAUACUUUACCACAGGGCUCAGCGCUCACUAGGCAACAUACCACACUAGAAGUGGUCUGCAUGCACCCAGACCCGCUCCCACAUGGAGUGUCCUUCCUAUACACCAUGCUACAAACGGACAUCCCGACCGAGACACCCCUAUUUAUGGGGAAAUGGGAGGCUGCCCUCUGAUACACACUGACAGACACAGAGUGGAAGUCCAUCUGCUAUCUCACACACCACUGCUCUACACAUAGCAAAACGCAAGAGGCAGCCUAUAAAUUACUAACACAAUGGUACAGGACACCACACCUCCUCCACCAGAUAGACCCAGACCAAUCCGGCCUAUGCUGGAGAUGCCAACAAGAGGAAGGCAGUAUAACACACAUCUGGUGGGACUGUGCAAAGAUCAAACAAUAUUGGCGGAAUAUACACAAAAUGCUAGGGAAAUUCACGGAUAAACCACCCCCCCCCCGGAACUGGCAGCAAUGCUCCUGCAUCACACUUCUGUUCCCCACUCCAAAUACAAAAGAUCUAUGACCAUUCGAAUACUCAAUGUAGCCAAACGAGUGCUCCCCCAAUUCUGGAAACAGAGCAUAACACCCCCACUUAAGACCCAGGUCAGCCAAAUGGAGGAACUCAGGACAAUAGAGGAACUGACCAUGACGACUAAUGUUACCCUGACGACCUAUAUGGACAUAUUGGAUCCUAAGAUGGCGAAGGAAGGAUUCCAAAUGGAACUCAGAUCCGACGAAUGCCACACCACAGACAGAUAGGACUUAGGGAACACACACUGGACAACAGACAAUGACAGACAACUGACUACCCUAACACCCCCCACCCCCCACCCUAACCCCGACUUUCCUCCCCCCUUCUAAGGACCCACAUGAGACAACAACCCCAACCCAAGCAGACACAUGUACCAAUAAGAGGAGACACCUGAGCCCUGAAUGUUAAACUCAUAUGGACCCGGGUUUAUCUCACGACCUACAAGGGAUACCACCCCCGUGGCACACAUAACGAACAGUCAUGAUAAUCAUUGGACAGCCCAAGGGCUACACCAAAAUACGCUCACGCCCUCCCGAAAUUAUGGAACACAAACCCCACAACACGGACGCACCCUCACCCACACAUACGACACUCAGGACACUGAGAGGAGAGACGCACGAAUCCACUCAGGACACAAUACACAAACCAAGACGAAGAGACCUGUGAGUCUCCUAACAAUGGAGGUUGGACGAGAGGCACAUUCUGUACACAAAUCACAACUGCUAUAUACGAAACGUAUAAACCAUAUACAUACGGCUUGCUCAAUAGGCCAAGUCGCAGAAGAAAAAUGUAAUUAAGAAUACUCGUGACACUUGAUAAAAGGGACUUGCAAGUCCGUCAACAUUGUGGGCCUGCAAACCCAACUAAAUAUCAGUGUAUUCUUAUCUUCUGAUAACUCACCUUGGAGACCUGCGAGUCUCAAAAUCUUGAAUAAUCUAUACAAAUAAAAAUUAUAUUCACAAAAAAAAAAAAAGAAGUUAGCAGUUCAGCAAUGUCAGUUUGGAGUAAAGAGAUGAGAGUAGUCAAAAUCCAUUCCGUGUCCAGGGAGUAAAGAGUUCAGUAAGGUUGGCUUGGUGGUUCAGAGGUUCAGCUUGGUAACACACAGUGCUCAGACGGCACUUGGUAACAAAAUUAAACAAAUUUGACUGAACACUUGAGAUUACUUGCAGCUUUCUUUUAACACAGGUAUGGGUAACAUCAGAAGCAUAGGCGGGGCCUGAUCGGUGAACCAGGAAGUGCUGCACGGUGUAUCUGCCGAUCAGUAAUCAUGACAUUCUGGAGUUGAUACACACUAUUACUUACAAUGAUAAAAUAAAUAUAUUUUAUUAAAGGGACACUUCACUGUCCAAAUACAAAAAUAAAUAACACUGUAUAGUAGAUAUAUCUCCUGUGAAAUUCUGCAUGCAUUUAAUUAUAUCAAAAAUUAGUUCUAAUCCGCUGCAAGCUCUCCCCAUUUAACCCCACCCAGACUUUCUGUGAUUGUCCAAUCACAGACUUCCCAAUGCAGCUCAAUGAGAAGUAUUUGCAAGAGGUAAUUGCUAUCUCUUGAGUUUAGCUCCACUGAGCUAACAAAACCAGGAAGUUACAGGACUGGUUGUUUUCUUGUAAACCAUGUGAAUUUAAUAAGGCAAAUUUAUAAAAGUGCCAAUUACUAUUUAAAAAAAUAAAUAAUAAAGUUGCACUCUUUACACAUAAAGCACUUAAGCAUGCUGAGGUACUUAAUGGGUCUGGAGUGUGAUUUUUAACUCUGAUUUAUCCUCAUCUGAUGCACAUGAACAGCUUCUAGAUGGAUGAGGAAGCUACUGAUUUCUCAGUCGUGGCCAGGGAAAUGGUGACCCAAAAUUAUUUUAUCCUUUAAUCAUGUGAGGUGGCAAAUAUAUAUUGCAGUUUCACAUUAGCAGCACUUGGCUUUUAACAAUCAACUAUUCAAUGGGAUGGUCCUAAAUUGCUCUUCCAAUCCCUGUCCUGUAUACAUUAUUUCCAUAGUUGGGAGGUAUGGCACCAUAACCGUCUUUAAACUCUACUAUAAAGAAAGAAAAUGGUGAACAUGUUUGGGUUUCAUAUCUAUUUGGAAACUAAAAUCAUGAUUUUGUAAUAACGAAGACAUAUUGACCAAGGGGUGUAAUUUUAUUUUUGGAAGACUAUUUUAUACAAACUUGCCCUCUGGAAUUGUGCAUUGGAUAACAAACACUAGAUAAUAUGGCAAUCUGUUUUGUGACAUUGUGUUAAUAAAAUGGUUUUGUUAUGAUGAAAAAUUGAGUAGGAUUAUUUUUGUCUGUAUAAUGUGCAGAAAGGGUUCAGAGCUUUGUACUCACACAGUGAUAGAAAUGUAUACAUUUGUUUUAUCUCCCUUAACUGCAUUUCUUCAAAAACAUACUAGCUUAUUCUAGUUUUGCAUUGUGAGAUCUAGAGAAUGAAAACAUUGUCAGGGUUAUUAACUUAGAUUUCAAGGUUAAUUUCACAUUCAGGGUAAAGAUAGCGGAAAUGAAAAAAUGCUCAGUCCGCUAUGGUUCCAGUUUUACUAUUUUGACCUUAAAGGAACACUAUAGUGUUAGAAACACAAAUAUGUAUUCCUAAUGCUAUAGAGCGCUAGUCACUGUUUAGGUGACUAGGGCCCCGUUCCGCGGUGAAUAAAUCCCUCGGCACUGGUGACCUCUCCUCCUCCAUCGACGUCUGCUCCCGAGUGGAGCCAAAUGCGCAUGCGCGCAUUCAGACCUGCCCAUAGGAAAGUGAGGACAUCCAGCAUCAAAUUAGUGCGAUUUGCUCAGUGAAACUGCUAUGUUUUCAGCUGCAGGGUUAAAACUAGGGGGACCUAUGACCCAGACCACUUCAUUGAACUGAAGUGGUCUGGGUGCCUAUAGAGGUCCUUUAAAUUUGACAUUCAUUUUGAAUUCUCCACUUUAGUCAAUAACCCGUUAUACAGGGAGUGCAGAAUUAUUAGGCAAAUGAGUAUUUUGACCACAUCAUCCUCUUUAUGCAUGUUGUCUUACUCCAAGCUGUAUAGGCUCAAAAGCCUACUACCAAUUAAGCAUAUUAGGUGAUGUGCAUCUCUGUAAUGAGAAGGGGUGUGGUCUAAUGACAUCAACACCCUAUAUCAGGUGUGCAUAAUUAUUAGGCAACUGCCUUUCCUUUGGCAAAAUGGGUCAAAAGAAGGACUUGACAGGCUCAGAAAAGUCAAAAAUAGUGAGAUAUCUUGCAGAGGGAUGCAGCACUCUUAAAAUUGCAAAGCUUCUGAAGCGUGAUCAUCGAACAAUCAAGCGUUUCAUUCAAAAUAGUCAACAGGGUCGCAAGAAGCGUGUGGAAAAACCAAGGCGCAAAAUAACUGCCCAUGAACUGAGAAAAGUCAAGCGUGCAGCUGCCACGAUGCCACUUGCCACCAGUUUGGCCAUAUUUCAGAGCUGCAACAUCACUGGAGUGCCCAAAAGCACAAGGUGUGCAAUACUCAGAGACAUGGCCAAGGUAAGAAAGGCUGAAAGACGACCACCACUGAACAAGACACACAAGCUGAAACGUCAAGACUGGGCCAAGAAAUAUCUCAAGACUGAUUUUUCUAAGGUUUUAUGGACUGAUGAAAUGAGAGUGAGUCUUGAUGGGCCAGAUGGAUGGGCCCGUGGCUGGAUUGGUAAAGGGCAGAGAGCUCCAGUCCGACUCAGACGCCAGCAAGGUGGAGGUGGAGUACUGGUUUGGGCUGGUAUCAUCAAAGAUGAGCUUGUGGGGCCUUUUAGGGUUGAGGAUGGAGUCAAGCUCAACUCCCAGUCCUACUGCCAGUUCCUGGAAGACACCUUCUUCAAGCAGUGGUACAGGAAGAAGUCUGCAUCCUUCAAGAAAAACAUGAUUUUCAUGCAGGACAAUGCUCCAUCACACGCGUCCAAGUACUCCACAGCGUGGCUGGCAAGAAAGGGUAUAAAAGAAGAAAAUCUUAUGACAUGGCCUCCUUGUUCACCUGAUCUGAACCCCAUUGAGAACCUGUGGUCCAUCAUCAAAUGUGAGAUUUACAAGGAGGGAAAACAGUACACCUCUCUGAACAGUGUCUGGGAGGCUGUGGUUGCUGCUGCACGCAAUGUUGAUGGUGAACAGAUCAAAACACUGACAGAAUCCAUGGAUGGAAGGCUUUUGAGUGUCCUUGCAAAGAAAGGUGGCUAUAUUGGUCACUGAUUUGUUUUUGUUUUGUUUUGAAUGUCAGAAAUGUAUAUUUGUGAAUGUUGAGAUGUUAUAUUGGUUUCACUGGUAAUAAUAAAUAAUUGAAAUGGGUAUAUAUUUGUUUUUUGUUAAGUUGCCUAAUAAUUAUGCACAGUAAUAGUCACCUGCACACACAGAUAUCCCCCUAACAUAGCUAUAACUAAAACAAACUAAAAACUACUUCCAAAAAUAUUCAGCUUUGAUAUUAAUGAGUUUUUUGGGUUCAUUGAGAACAUGGUUGUUGUUCAAUAAUAAAAUUAAUCCUCAAAAAUACAACUUGCCUAAUAAUUCUGCACUCCCUGUAUGUCAAAUACCUUUUAAAGUAAAUGCUUUUAAAAAGCAGAUUUGUUUAAAAGGAAACCUUUUUUUUUUCCUCUCUCAAGAAUGCACAAGAGUUCUUCACUAAACUAAGAAUUGUGGAGAACUAACCAGGUGAAUUGCAUGUUUUUGACCACAAUAGAAGAGUUGGACAAUCUUUCCAAUUCUGUUGGUUUGUUCUAACAUUGUCACUUUCAUUAUCCAUUCUAACAUACCGGUAACUGUUUUCAGUGAAUAACCAUGUUGGAGUGAAGAUCAUGCAUUCUGCAUUCUGAUAUUUAAUGCCUCAAAUCUGGCAGGACUGUCUUUAUUGUAGACUAGCUUCUCUGAGACUUCAGAGAAUGUCCUUAAAGAUUACUGAAAAGCAUACACUACAACACCAUAUUAAAUGACCAGCGUUAGCAUUUGUUGCACAAUCUGCUUCCUUAUCGCGGGGCUUAGGCAGGAUUUGUUUCUGUACAGGGCACCUAGUUUUGGAGAAAGUUUUGAGUGUUUUUCAAUGUGGAGGUCAAAAGAUAGAUUGGGGUCUACCAAUAUACCUAGAUUUCUAAAAGCGUGAACUGCGGUCAGUGUACUAUUUGAUUUUGUUUUGAUGCAAGUGGCGAGGUUAAGCUCUGAAUUUUUUAAUUUAAGUAAUGUAGGUAUCGUUCCAAAGAUCAUUGUGACCGUUUUGUCCAUGUUUAGGGAAAGUUUGUUAUCCACAAUCCACUUUUCUACCUCUGCAAACUGGUUUUGGAGCCCAUCCUCAAGCUGCUGUAAAUUUAGUUUGCUUAGAUUACUAUGUUAUCUGUGUACAUGUGUACAGUUGAGGCUUUGCAGAUUUUAGGUAGAUCAUUUAUGAAUAAUGUGAAUAGGAGGGAGCUGGGUGUAACGGAUCGCCUGGCACCCCGACUGGGUACCUCCGUUGAAGGAUGCUCCUAGCGCUUCCUGAGCACUCCAAGCACUCUGGCAGACACCACAAUCACCGAACCGGAGAAACAAAUAAAUUCUCCCAAGCAUAUGAAUGCUGUAGACAGUUGAAUAGGAACCAUACGAAUAGGUUUACUCUCCUAGCAGUCAAACUGGAACAGCAUACAAUAAAUCCUUCCCCCAAUAAUGAGACGACACUUCACUUUGAGGGUUAAAACAGGAACUCCUGUACUGUCACAUACAGUCUCUUUUAUUCCCAAUCCACAAACAUAGUACAGCCCACAGGGCGUUACAAAACAACCAAUCAAUCAGUACAAUACACCCAGACACUCCCACACAAAAUCCUCCCCUCUGCAGGUGAUAUGAUUACUGAACACAAUGGGUAAUCUCAUUAUCACCGGCAGAGGAAUACAGUUUUUACACAAUAUUUAUAACUUCUAAAAUAUACAUGUCACAAACAUAAAACAUACAUUUUCAUAGUCAAUCCAUUCAGGGGAACAACAUAUUAAAAAAUGGCACAAAUCAGACCAGGGGUUCAAAAGUUAAGGGAAAGUCCUUUGUGACUAAAUGAAGCAUGGCUUUCCGGCCCAAACCAGUUUCAGAGUCUUCUAUCCUGGAGAUUGAAUUGAGAAGUAAUUCAAUUAUCUCCCAGGACAGACACAAGACUCCAUUAAGCACAUGGUUGCAAAAAGACAUAAAACACUUUAAAAUACAUAAAGUCACCUUUUACACAUAACACACAGACAUUUCACAUAUCCCCAGAUAGCUGAGAUCUGAGCGCACAAAACUACCGAAUAGCACUCAGAUCCUAUUCACACAGUUCAAUUGCCAUGGAGCCGAAGUCUUUAACUACACGAAUGGGCUCCAUGGCAUAGCUAUCUGGGUUAACACAUUCACAUAAAGUCUGGUCCAUAGUCCAAAGGCAAGAGGCGGGCAAGCAGCCCCCUCCAAGGACACGUGGCGAGGCCGGUUUCGCCACACCGGGUAUGGAGCGUUGGGGAACACCGCAUGUGCGGUCAGAAAUGAACACAUAUUGCAAUCGCUCUCAUGCAUAUGACUAAAACCAGGUUAGCGGACAGUUGCCAGUACCUGAGUUUUUACAUUUUUGCAAUAGAAUGCCAUGGUCUACUGUGUCAAAGGCUUUGGCAAGAUCAAAGAAAAUGGCUCCAGUUAGAUCUCCUUGUUCCAUGACAUUUUGUCUGUCAUUGCAAACUUUUAAGAGGGCAGUAGUAGUUGAGUGAUUUGGACGAAAGCCUGAUUGAUCAGAGGUCAGAUUGUUGGAUUGUUGCACUAGUUUUUAAUUUUUAGAUUAUUAUGGUGUUUAUUAAUGACACUAACAGAAAAGUCUAAAAUUAAAUUUCUCUACAUAAGGUCUUUGUAAAUUUAGCUGUGCCUGAUCUGCAUUUGUAAUCGCUUUUGAGAUUGCUUGUCAUUCAUUAGCUUAGCUAUCAGUGCAGUGGCACAACCAAACAAGUAAUUAUUAAAGGCAUUUGCUACAUCUAGGUGGUGUUGCAGGUAGGGAUCGACCGAUUAUCGGUUUUACCGAUAUAAUCGGCCGAUAUUCGGUAUUUUUGGCAAUAUCGGUAUCUGUCAAUUCAGAUACCGAUAUUGCCGAUAAUACCUCCUAGGACCGCCAGGCUCAUUACAAGCCCGGCGGUCCUGGGGGGGCGGAGAGCAAGCGCUUACUCACCUCCCAGCAGCUCCUCCAGCUCCCCAGUGUAACUCUCGCGAGACCCGCGGCCGUCAGAGCGUUGCCAUGGAUCACCAUGGCAACGCUCCGCGCGACACGCUGGCCGCGAGCGUUACGCUGGAGGAGCUGCUGGGAGGUGAGUAAGCGCUUGCUCUCUGCCUCCCCCCCCCCCAAAGCUCAGCCAAUGCCACUGGACCACCAGGGACUGCUAUAUCCCCCCUCCCUGGCCAGGCAACAAGCAGGGAGGGGGGGACAACAAAAAUAAAUAAUAAUUAAUUAAAUAUAAAAAAAUAAUAAUAAUUUCAUAAAAAAUGCCCCCUCACACACUCCAUUAUAUACACUACACAAACACACUGUGUAUAUAAUGCAGUGUGUGUGUUUGUAUAGUGUGUGUGUGUGUAUACAAUGCACACAAAUACACUGCAUUAUAUACACACACUAUACAAACACACACACACACUGCAUUAUAUACACACACUAUACAAACACACUGUAUAUAAUGCAGUGUGUGUGUGUUUGCAUAGUGUGUGUAUAUAAUGCAGUGUGUUUGUGUAGUGUGCAUUAUAUACACACACUAUGCAAACACACUGCAUUAUAUACACACACUACACAAACACACACACUGCAUUAUAUACACACUACACAAACACACACUGCACAAACACACACUGAAUUAUAUAAACACUACACAAACACACUGCAUUAUAUACACACACUGUACAAACACACACUCUGCAUUAUAUAAACACACUAUACAAACACACACACUCUGCAUUAUAUAAACACACUACAUUCACUAUACACACACUACACAAAUACACACACACUCUGCAUUCAUUAUAUACACACACUUUGCAUUUAGUAUAUACAGCAUUCACUUUACGCACACUACCCACACACUACACAAACACUCUGCUUUCAUACACACUACACUAAUACACACUGCAUCCACUACACACACUAGACAAAUACACACUGCAUCCACUACACACACUAGACAAAUACACACUGCAUCCACUACACAAACACACAUUGCAUCCUCCACACACACUACACAAACACACACUGCAUCCACUACACACACUACACAAACACACACAGCUCCCCUGUCACACUGCAUCCACUACACGUGGCAUGUAUAUUUUGUGCAUUUACCUUUAGAAAUAGUUUUUAUUUUCUAAAAUGGUAAAUGUACAGAAUAUCGGCAAAUUAUAUCGGCUAUCGGCCUGAAAGUUCACAGAAUAUCGGUAUCGGCUCUAAAAAAUCUAUAUCGGUCGGUCCCUAGUUGCAGGGUUGUAUUGUCCAUUUUGACAGUGGAGUAUUGGGAGUGGAUUGUGCUGGUUUGUAUGUUACUUUUGAUUUUACAAAAGUUUCUUGGGUUUGAUAUGUUACCUUUUACCUUUUCAUUGAAAUAUUGGGCCUUAGCCAUUUUUGUUUGUUUUGUGCAAUGCCCUUCGCUAUUGCCUGUAGGCACAGGGAUUUUUUUUUUCAUGACGCUUGAACUUUUGACCACAAAAAAAAAAUCUCUAAACUGGUACAUUUGAAUGAAGUCAGACCUCCGAUAAGUUACAGCGACAGAGCAAGUGUUUAAUAAUUUGUUUUCUAAUUUGAGGUGUGUGCUUGUGGGGGUAGGGAUUUGAACAUGAUAGGAGUGAGAAAAGGGUUACCAAGAAUAUGAGGUAGAGGUAUGUAUAGGAGAGGUGGAGAUGAAAACUUGAAAAAAUAAUUUAUUCAAUAAAAAUACUAAUAAAUAAUAUAUGGUAUUGAUUUGGAAUAUGAAAGUGGAAGUUUUUGUUCCUUAGAACUAAAUUCAUUGGAAUUCAGUCAUUGGUGAUAGCUUGUCAAUGCUCUGUUUUUUCUAUGAGAACUCAACUGCAAUCUUUGCUUUUAAUUAAUUUUAUGACUUUCUCCUGUAAAAUAUACAUUAAUGUAUUUUUUAUUUUUUUUUGCCAGAGUUUUUGUGCAAGGAAUGCCCAAGGAUUCAUAUUGUUUUUGAACGCGUUGAUGUAAAAGAUAUUCCGAAAGAACAGAUAUUCAUGAGACGAUGGCUUCAUGAACGUUUUGAAAUUAAGGAUAAGUAUGUUUUCGUUUUUUUGUUAUCAUUGGUAUUUUUAAUUUCGUUCAUCAUUUAGUCAUGUACAUUUACUUGCAACAUGAAUUAAAGGGACAUGCCUACUUAGCUUAUGAUGCAAAGUACUCCUGUUUCCCUGCAUGUUUUGUCUGUGAGCCCGCAUGCAGGGAAACUCUGCUACCUUCUUCCUGUCCUAACCUGUACAGGAACUCACAGCUUUGUACAAGAGAGCCAGCAUUGUACUUAUAAAUGUGCACUUUUUAAAAAGAAAUAUUUAUUUUUUGCUGCUUAAAGCUUUGUGAAUGGUUAAAGGAACCUCGAGUGGCUGUUUAGGUGUCUCUCCCGAAUGGAGCUAACACGUAUUUUACUCACCAUUUCUCCCAUGUCACUGUGGUAAGCAUUCACUGCCUCCAUGCAGAGUGUGGAGAGGCUGAACGGAUAUAGAAGCCAUCUCUAGUGGCCAUCUGAGUGACUGCCACUAGAGGUGUUAUUAGGUAGCAAUGUAAACAAAAAAAGCCUUCAUUAAAAAGCCUUCAUAGACAGUCUCUAGACACCAGAUCCAAUACAUUAAAGGACCACUAUAGGCACCCAGACCACUUCAGCUUAAUGAAGUGGUCUGGGUGCCAGGUACCUCUAGGGUUAACCCUGUCUGUUGUAAACAUGGCAGUUUCAGAGAAACCGCUAUGUUUACAUAUGCGUUAAUCCAGCCUCUAGUGGCUGUCUCAUUGACAGCUGCUAGAGGCGCUUCUCACUGUGAUUUUCACAGUGAGAAGACACCAGCGUCCAUAGGAAAGCAUUGAGAAUGCUUUCCUAUGGACUGACUGAAUGCGCGUGCGGCUCUUGCCGCGCAUGCGCAUUCAGCCGAUGACAUCCAAAGGAGGAGGAGGGUACCCAGCGCCGAGGGAGCACAGCGCUGGAGAAAGGUAAGUGAUUACCUCCAACUUCAGCCUGGCGGGAGGGGGGCCAUGAGGGUGGGGGCACCCUCACGGCACUAUAGUGCCAGGAAAACAAGUUUGUUUUCCUGGCACUAUAGUGGUCCUUUAAGCUGUAGUGGUUCUGCUGACUAUAGUGUCCAUUUACAUUUGUACAAAUGUUUUUUGUUUUUUUUACUGUAAUUAUUUCAGAUUUAGGACACUGGGUGUGUGCAUUUACAUAUGCUGUUAUUUAUGUGUGUUUGAGUUUAUGUGUGUGUGUGUGUGUGUGUGUGUGUAUGUAUGUAUAUAUAUAUAUAUAUAGUGUGUUUGUAUAUAUUUAGAUAUGUGAAUAUAUAUAUUUUUAUUUUAUUUUAUUUUUUUUACUAGAUUGCUAUCAGAAUUUUACGAAGCCACAGACCCCGAACAAAGGAAUAAGUUUCCUGGAGAAGGACGACCUGCCAAGCUCAGUUUGAAGAGAACAGUGCCUUCCUUAUUACUCUUAACUGGAGUGACAGCAGGCAUGCUUUAUACUGAAACAGGAAGAAAGAUUUAUAUAAACACAUGGAUUUACGGGACAUUAAUUGGUUGCCUGUGGGUUAGCAUCAAAUCCUAACUAAACUGUUCAUUUCAAAUUUGCUGCAUAUUAUACCAAAACAUUUUUUUUUUUUUUUCUAAUUGAAAAUGUGUAAAUACUGCCUUACUUGUGAUUACAUUAGAUGAAAUUGAAUAUAUGACUAAUGCAGGACUUAUUAGUCAAGGAAUCAAGCACUGUUGAAUUUGCUAGCAAUUUCACACCUAGAAAGGUGACUUUACACACACCCCCCAACAGAAAUAAAAGUACAAACCUUUUUCAUUACAUUAGUUGUGUGUUUUGCAUAUACACAUUCAUUUUAAUCCCUUUAAGGACAGGGCCUGCUCUACUGGUGGUCAUUUAUUUAAUUGUGCCUUUUUCUUUGUUUACCCCUCUCUCCUUUUACCUCUCCAAACGUGUUUUGAUUUCACAUGCCAAGAAUUAUAAAACAUUGAUUAACAUCUUACCAGAGUCAGGAAAAAUGCAUCCAAUUAAUUGGAUCUGUGGUGCUAAAUCACACAUGUAAGGAAUGCAUGUCUCUUGGUUUCUGACUUUGUUUUUUGUUGUUGUUUUUUUGCAUGUUUAAUGUUUUGUAUAUUAUUCUUAAUCAAGAUGCUUUGAUUUCUCUUUUUUUUUUGUCUUCUGUGUUAGUUGUUUAGUACAUUUGUGCCAUACAUAUAAUAUCAUAUUAUUAUUGUUUAUAUUUAUGGUGCUAUCCAAUAUGUUUGCCAUUGCACUGCCGUAUUAUAUGCUUUUGAAAAUCCAAGGAAAUGCUGAAGCAUGUGCCUCUUCUUUUUUGCUUAAUUUAUAAAUGUAUAGCUUUCUUGUUGAUGUCUUGUUGUGUUAACCAUAUAUACAUUUAUGGAUUUGUUUAAAAUAGUAGUUCUUAGAAAAGUUACUUACCAGACUCUGCUCAUGCAGGAUCUAAGUUUAAAUUUAUGUUCAGACUUAUUUAAUUGACACUUUAUGGUACGUCAUACACCUUUGUUCAGCCAAGUAUAAGGAAUACUGUCCUGUUUCAGUUUGAGUACCUCAUGAGUCCUAGAUUUUCAUACUUGUUACAGUAAUUCCAGUUAUGUGUUAAACGUAAGCGCACAUAAGUGCCAAGUUGUGUUUAUGAGAAAUUCCAUGCACCGUGACAACUAUGGCUCCUUUACGUGGACAUGCUGCUAGGCCCAGAGGAUUCCAUGGCACCUUAAGCCCACCCUUUCAGCUGCAGAUGUGAAAAGAUUCACUCUUUUUUAUUAUCCGUCCAAAUAUUGUUUGUGAGAACACUUGCAUACAUACAUAUGCAAUGAGAAGCUGUGAGCACAGGGAAGGUUUCCACAGCUCUUUUGGGACAUGCAGAUCAAUGUUUACCAUUUCGGACUGGCACCCGUAACCAGUGCAAUGCCUCUCAUGUUAUAUAAAUAUUUGGAUGGAGAUGGUUGGUGGGCUAGGUCAUAGGAUUCCAGGGAAUCCUACAGUUAUUGCUGUACCGCUUGACAAAAGCCAAUGGAACUGCACACUAUAAUAAAAUUGAUAUGGUUUUAUUUGUUUGUUUAUUGUUAUACAUAUUAUUUUUUUAUUUUAUUUCUUUUACCCAUGCAAAUGUAGCUAUGUAUUCUUAACAUUUUAGCAACUGUUGUAUAAUACACUUAAACAUAUUCAGAGGAUUACCAAUACAAAAAAAGACAUUAAUGAACCGUACAGUUUUUAGUGCAUUAUGUUGAUAAUAUAAUAUUGAUAAUGCAUUAUUGUAUACAUCCUUGUCCAGCAGGAGUUUAUUGGAAGUUUAGUUUAUCCCCCCAGCUGCAGUUCUAGGAUAAUUGGAACUGCCCAGUAAGCAGAUGGUACCAAUACUGUGGGAUCAUCCUGUUCACAGUUUGGUUUGCCAUCUUGUUUACUGGAUUGUUUCCAGCAAUUUGAUCAGAUUGCUUUCCUACGUGAACAUAUAUAAAGGAUACAAAAUAGUUUUGUUGUACUUUUUUUCUUUUGCGCUCCUACUUGAUGCCCGUUUGCAGUUGUGUACAGAGGAGUUAUCUGCUGCACUUAAAUUACAAUAUAUUAUAUUUUUUAUUUGAAAUAAAAUAUUACAUGCACCAUACGCCCUGUACGUUAAUACUUAAUAUUACCUCAUUUUUGGUGCAUCUGUGUGGGGACAACCUUCUUUAAAGUGCAAUUGUCAUUUUUAUUGAAAAUGACCCAUUUCCCUCAACACAUUAAGUAGUGCAGAGAAAAUAAAGAAAAAAAAAACCUUUCUGUGUCUAUAGCAAUUUCUACGCUCCAAGAGGUUGCAUACAGUGCAGUGCAACCUAAACAAUAGAAAACUUUUCAUUGGCAAAUAAUUGUGCCAAAAUCUUAAAUUUGUCAGUUCAGCUGUUAAAAAAAACCUGCCACUACCCAGGGUUACUUAUAACAUGUAUUUAACAAAUAUGUGUUCGUUCGAGAGAUAAAUCCACACGCUUGAUUCUGCAAUUGGGUGCAUCCAUACUGGCUAUAUCUCAGCUCAUUGUUAUAAGCGCUACCCUUUGCAUGUGGCAGCAUAGAGAAAGCAUACAGAGAAAAGAAAGAAUUAAACAAAAUUGGAAAUUUAUCAUACUGUUCUGAAAAGGGUCUUUUUAUUUUGGAUUUUAAUCUGGCCAAAUUUAUAAAGUUUCAAAAUGGUCUACAAAAUCGGCAACUUUUUUCUACCUAAAUUUUGCUAUUUUUUUUUUUUUUUGUAGAAAUAUCAAGUUCAGAAAUACCUCCCAAAUUUCUAGUGGAGGAAAUAGAAUUUUAUGGUAAAACAAUUAUUAAAAAGAUUGUUAUAUAUGUUGCAUCACUGAACGGCUGGCAUAUAUUAAAAAUUUUUUUUUUUUUUAAAUUAAAUUACAAGUAUGGCACAAAGGUGACAGAAGAAGAAGAAGAAAAAAAAAAAGAAAUUGCACCGGAAAAGGGGUUAAAACUGUAUUUCAUACUUUAUUUUACAAAUCCCCCAAUAUCUAUAUUUCUCUUAAUUUGCUACCUGUGACCCAGUUGUGCCUGGACAAUGUAUUUUUGCUAAAUAUUUAAAGUAUAUUUUUUAAAAUAAAGUUUUUAAAAACUCACAUGUAAAACAAACAUGGCUUUGAAUGUUUUUCAACAGUAUACUUUCCAUAGACGUCACGGUUUGCCCUUAACUCUUCUUUUGGUCAAGCACAUAUUACUCCAAACCAAAGUUAUGUAUUUACUCAGGAGCUAGACGUGACAAAUCUUGAUGUCAUACAGUUUCCAGCUCCUCAAAGACACGUUUGUUUUUUCCCAAUCCAUGGCCAUUGGUCAAGUAAAUAAGGUUUCUAGCCAAAGAAGAAUUAACAAUGCACUAAAAAAGAGGUAUUUAUUGAUAUGUACACAUUGCAAAUAAUUAAGUUUACAAUAUUUAAUCACGUACAGGGCUAAAGUAGCUAAACUGGAAGCAUAACUGACUUUUCCUUGUUACCUACAAUUUUUAAUUCUUUCUGAAUUACCAAUAGUACUUACUUUAGGAAAUAAACCCCUAUUAUGUCACAUGCUAUGAGAUAGAAAGAUAUAUAUAUAUAUAUUUCUAUGUGUGUAUGUGUAGUCUGAUUCGGUGGGAUGUUGUGGUACUUUAAAACACAAGUUACAUGUGUAAUGGGUAGGAGAAAGAUUAAUGUGUAAAUGAGAUGCCUUCAGAUGAAGAAACAUCCCUUAUGUUUAUUAGUACUUUGAUCUCUCCCCAACCUCUACAAUCAGGAGUAAAAAGGGAGUUGUAGUUGACACCCUGUGGAAUGCAGGAGGAUGCCCAUUUCUACCCUACGAUCAGUCUUUGCAAUUAUUGAAUAUUAAGGAGUCCUUUUCAUGUAAGAGAAAGAAUCCUCUCUUCGGAAUGUGAUUGUAGGGUCCUUCCGGUCUGCAUUAAUUUAACACUUUUGUUAUCACGCAAAGUCAUCUCAUUUUAUUUAUGAAAAUGUAUUUUGCAGGGGGUUUUUUUGUUUGGAGAGGAACUGCAUUUGUCACGUAAUGUAUGAGCAACAUGAAUGAAUAAUAUCCUAUUCAUGCAUUAUAUAUUAGUUUGGUUACCUAUAUCACGUCCGUUUACCCAAAAUCAGAUUUGACAUGUGUUUAUGUGUACAAUACUACACCUAUCUGUGAUAAAUGUUUCAUUGUAUUUGUGAUCUAAAUGUUUACAUAAAGUGUCAGUUAUGUGUAGUUUUGCUACUGUGGCCUUUUGUUUUUCCUUCCACUAGUCAUGUCUGGUUUAAACAGCCCAGUUCUAUUCCUAUGCUUUUAGUAGUUCAGAAUUUGCCUCCCAAGGAGGUUAAGUUGCGAUUAACUUACACAAUAACCCAAAAAAACAAAAGCAUUUGCAACGGAAGGUACAUAAGGUCAGAGUUGGAUCUGUGACAUUUGCAGUAGGUUAACAUAAAACAUUGUUUUGUAUAAAACCUAAAAUUAAUGCCCUAGAAAGUGGAAGCUAGAAUUAAAGAGCAAAUUUUCAUCAUGGGUCCUAUGGACUUUCAGUUUGAAUGCUAUAAAUCCUUUUCAUGGUGUGUGCACUUUAAUUUGUUUGCUUGACAUAAAAAAUAUAUGCACAAUAGGAGCAAUCAUAUUAGCAACAGACCAUUUGCUAAAACUUAUAAAAUUUUUACACUUUGCAAUAGUAUAUGUGACUGUGAAACAAGUGAAUUUACUAUACUAUUAUAUUUCAUUUCAUAAACCUUUAAGUAUAUGCGAUAUAGUUUAAAUUCUGCGCUUGAGUUUAUCUUGCCAUUAAUCUUACCACUUGUAUAGCCAUAAUUAUUUUGCUGUGUACACGUCUGAUGUUGUUUUAUACAUAAUAAACUAUUCUUCUUGCAUA